UCAAACUGCCAAUAUUGUAAUACCCCAAUACAAAAUCUGUGGUGCAUCCACACCUGAUGUACAGUUGUGGUCAACGAUGAAGCAAGUGAGAUCCACCUGUCACCAACCAUUCUGAGCUUCUGGCAACCACAGCCAGAAUUGUGUUGCAGAAUCGCAAAGCGGAUUCUCUCCUGCAGACGUCGACGCGUUGUUUGUAUAUCGCAUGCAGUAGGGGGCGGGGGAUCACAAGGUUAGCAAGGACCACGUGGGUAGCAUUUAGCGGGGCGAAGGCUCAGGUGUGCUUAAAGAGCACACCUACGCUGGCGGGAUGGAGGGUUGCAGCGCGUUGUAGAAGCGCCCUAAAGCUGGCGUCCUAGCCACGAGCUUCGGUAAGGAGGUGUAGUCGAAAUGUACAAAGUGGGCUGCUGACGCUGAUCCAGCCUCAGGGAUGCGGGUGGGCUGGGUGACCUCUGAGCACAUUCCAGCUCUCAGCCAUUCUACCAUUGCUUUUGGCUUCGAAGCCAUUCACAGUGCACUGCCUCUCCCCCUCGACGCCUUCCACCUGCCUCCCACAUAACAUAUAUCCGUAGUUUGGGGGGGGUGCAAUUCUCCUUUUCACUUGCUUUGAAGCGGGCUGCCCCUACCCGCAAGCAGGGCCCCAGCCCGCUUUAGAGGGCCACUCGUGGGCAUGCUCCUCUGCCCGGACCCGCUGCCGCCGCCGCCGCGCGCAUUGUGACGGCACAGGCGCCCCCGCUGCCUGCCUCCCUCCAGCGUCGCCGCCCCCGCCCUCAAUCCCGCCUUACGUAGGCUGGGCAGGCCGGCCGGCUGGCUGGCUGCUGCCAACUUUCAAACAAUGCGUGCAUGGCGGGCUCCGCCCCGGCUGGGCGGAGACGAGGGCUGGGCUCCGAGCCCUCGGCCAACCCUCCGGAGGCGGCCCCGGCCGCGGGGAGCUGGGGGCGCUGCUGACUCGCCGGGGCUGCUUCAGUGCCUGGUUCGGGGUUAAGCGCAGGGGAGACUCGCGAGCCCCAGCCGAGCCAGCGGAGCUGGCGGCGGCCCCCCUCCCUCUCCGCCCCGGUCAAUGGCCCCUCGGAGCGCCGCCGCGCAGCUCCGGGCUCCGAGAGCGCCUUGCCCCGCCGAGCAGCCCCUCCGCGUGGCGUGAGUGCAUGAAGCAGUGAUGGGCAACACGGUGCACAAGACCCUGGCAGGUAAGCGCGGCUGCCGGGGGGGGGGGGCGUCGAAGGGCGGUUGCCGCUGCCUCCGAAAAUCCCUGCCGAGGUCGCGGAGCCGGAGACGCGCGGGCGGGCUCCGGGUUUCCUCGCGCGUCUUCGGAGGAGAGCUUUCUCACUGAGCCGUUAGACAAGGAUGACCUCCUCCUCCUCCUCCUCCGCUCGGUCGCCGGUGGGGACCUGCUCCCGCGUGUCUUCUGGGGAAAGGCGGGGGCGAGCUCGCUGUCCCCCGGCACCUUCUUUUGCCUUGGGGGGGGGGGGGGCGUGUGUGUGAGAGAGAGCGGGGAAACUGCCCCACCUCCUGGGAAGCAGCUUAUCUGUGUGUGCCCUGGUCCCAUUGCCCCGGCUGCUUUUGCAGCUCUCUUUUGUUAGUGCAAACAGCAAUGGCAGUUUCUAUGUCUCUUCUCUCUUUUUCUUUCUCUACCUCGCCCCCUCCCCUCCCUUCCUGCACGUGCUGCUUUCUGUCACUCCCUGUUUUCUGCUGCUGCUGCUGCUGCUGCCGGAGGACAAGAUACCUCUGACAUACCGGUCCAUCCUCCGCUCUGAUUGUGGCAAGCUGUCAAAUCCGGGUGGUAUUGCUGAAUUAAGUAUGGGAGGUUUUAACUGAAGAUAUGGGGGCUUAGGAGAGGAGAACUUGUUUCUGCGGAUUCCCCAUUUCCCUCUUCAUUUCUCUUAAAAAGAAUAUCUGUUUCAGUAAUGAUCCCCCCUCAGCUCAAAAUUCGAAUCUUAUUUCAUGGUAAGGAUUUGAGCCUAAUGAUUCAUAGCGACAUUUCGAUUCUCUGCAGCUUAUGGUUCUGGGGAGGAGGACCUUGUAAUGAACGAAGGUGGGGCUAUGAGGUGCUCAGAGGCAAUCCCUUUUUGGUCAGACAAGGAAAUGGCAAAAAAAGAAAAGAAAAAAUGCGUGUGCAGCCGGAUGUAUUAUUGCACACUUACCUGGUGCUUAAAGUGGGCAUAGGACAACAGCGUCAGAAAGGGGAGGAGUGGCCAUAGCACAAUAGUAGAGAAGCUCUUUGCAUGCAUGUGGCUUCUCUCUCUCUCCCAUGUUCUGUCCCCACCAUUUCCAGUUAAAACUUAGGGGUUUGUAGGGCAGGGAAAGAACCUUCUGCUGCUCACAAUAGGCAGUGCAGGGCGAAAAAGGCACCCGUGGUCUGAACUGGUGUGUAAGGUGAAGCUGCUCUUUCGGUGGAAAGAGCUGUGCAUUUAAAAUGUUGACAUGAAACAUCUGAGUCUGAUUUGAUGGGAAUUAAAAAUCUGUAUCCCGUGAAUUUAUUCCACUUUGUGCACUGUGGUAUGCAAAUGUGUAGGAAACACAGGGUGCAUGCAUUUCAAGAGCUGUGAUCCUGAGUAAGUCUCAAGUGGUCAGUCAGUGGGAUUUCCAAAUGUAAAAUGUUUGGAAUUGAAUGAGGAAGAACUUUGACAAGCUGAGGGCUGGGGAUGCAGAGAAGAGGAGGACCUGUUGCCUUUUUAGUGGGCACGGUUGGCAGACCAGGCAUGAGUGAGAGGAGACAGAUGCAGGAACGGAUGGCUUUUGUUCCAUAGCCAAGUGGCAUGCUGGCGGUAGAACCAGUCCGUUUCGAAGCAGACUGUUUUCUUACGAAGAAUGGUUCUGCUCCCUCUUUUAACCCCUGUUUCUGUGGGAGGGAAAGAAUAUGCUUUUCAAAACUCAGGCCCUUUCAGGAUCUGCUGUGCCCCCCUCCCCCAGAAAUUGAAAUAAAAACAAUGAACUUGAGCAGCAGCUGGGAUGUCUUUUGGUCCCCUGCAAGUACAACAAAAGAAGGCAAAACUCUGUUUCUGGCUGAAAAAGCCAUUUAUGUGACUGAAUUGAAGAGACGCCGCUGCCUCUCAUUGUGAAAUUUCCGAGUGUAUUGGCCUUUAUUUUUGCUUUUUGAAGACUUCGUAUGUAGUUUCUUCUUUGUGAUUCAAAAAGGGGGGAAAUUGAAACCACAUCUGAAACCUGUUUGGUGCAUUCAAUGACUUAAUUUAAAAUAAAGGUGCCCUCCCCAGCCAGCAUUGUUCUGAUACAAUGAGAAUAAAAUCCACCACCCCCUCUUUUUGCUUGCAAGUUUGUAAUUGCGACUCCUCCCUUCAACCCUGUCAGUGGGCAAUGAGAACAGUUGGUUGAUGAAGAAUUAACGGUAUUGAAUUACUGCUCAGAGCUCCUGUGAGCUUGUGUCUUCAGCUGUCUCCCUUUUCUCUCUCUUGCUCUUCCUUAUACCGUAUGUCGUAUUUAGUAUACUUGGCUGCCUUAUAAAGCCUGGGAGGCACGCUGCUGAACUGUGGCUGUCCUACAACACAAUUAUGAAGUUCCCUUUCUAUAAUGAGGAGCAUAAAAGCCCUAGUCUGAAAUUCUCUUUGCAGCCCUACAAAACCUUUGAAAGUGGGCUUAAUUUUGCUCGUUGGAGUUAAAAAGUGAUGCUUUAUUUCUACUUUACAGUUUAUUUCUAUUCUUCUUUCAUCUUAGGGACUUGAUUAGACAUCCAAAUAAAUUACUUAUUUUAUCAGUCAAGCACUUGAUUUUACAAAGAUGAAAUUUCACCUGUAUAGCAAUUCAUCUGUAUAGUAGCUGCCCCACUGGAAUAUGUACCAGACCUCAGAACCCUGCAUGAAAUACUGGGACAAGAGAGAGAAGCUUUUGUCUGAAAACUGUAGCUGCAGCCAUGCUUAUAUGCAUCACAGAAAUAUGUGCACCUUGGGCUAGUCACUGUCUCUCCACCCAGCCUCCCUCACAGGGUCACUGAGGGGUUAAAGGUUGGAGGAGGCCCAUGCAUGUCACCCAAAACAUCUGGAGAGAGGGCAAGAUAUAAAUGUAUAUAUAUUUAAAACACAUACCUGUAUUUCUACUAUCCAAAGGGUCAAAUUCAUUUUCACCUUGCUCUACAUUAUUUGCCUCAGUUUGUAGAGUUUACAAAAUAGCCAAAAAGCAAGAUCACAAUCCAUUCUAGGUACAGACUUGAUGGAAACUUCAAGUCCACCAACUGAAAGAGCCACAGACAACCUGAUAGGCAUCUCUGCAGCCAUUGAAAACAUAGGAUCUGCAAACUGUUUGUCAGGUUGAUCUAGACAUGUUAUUGUCAUGUGGGAGGGAGGAUGAUUAUACCCGUUAAAUAAGAGAGACUCAGUAGGGUGAUGGGCUCCUCAUCUUCUGAUGUGGAAAGCAACGAGAAGCAGCUUUGUGCCAUGCAGAAAGGUUAAGAGGUUAUUAAGGCUACUUCUGUCAUUUUGCUAAGCUAAGCUGCUUAACUUUAUCAAGCAAGCUUUCGACUAGAGCAACCUACACAAACAUUAAUGUUAAUAGCUGGGAGUUUGACUCAUGAAGGACCUGUGCUCUUAUCUAGCACAGAGUCUUCUCAUGCUCCCACACUUUACAGAGUGCAAUUGGAAUUGCACAGAACCACUUUUGCAAUUACAAAAGCUCAUUACUUGUACACAUUGGUAUUUAAUUGGAUUCUGCUCUGAGUCUGAGUGUUUUGGUGUAACAUACACAUCAGUUUUCUUCCUUGCCAAUAGCCACUUAAACGGUAAAGGGGCCCCUGACCAUUAGGUCCAGUCGUGGCCGACUCUGGGGUUGCGGCGCUCGUCUCACUUUAUUGGCCGAGGGAGCUGGCGUACAGCUUCCGGGUCAUGUGGCUAGCAUGACUAAGCCGCUUCUGGCGAACCAGAGCAGCGCAUGGAAACGCCGUUUACAUUCCCGCCAGAGCGGUACCUAUUUAUCUACUUGUACUUUGACGUGCUUUCGAACUGCUAGGUUGGCAGGAGCAGGGACCGAGCAAUGGGAGCUCACCCUGUCACAGGGAUUCGAACCGCCAACCUUCUGAUUGGCAAGCCCUAGGCUCUGUGGUUUAACCCACAGCGCUAUGUGUGUGUGUGUGUUUUUUUACUAGAACGAACAUGGUAUAUUAAUAAUGAGCAGGAAGUUACAUAAAACUUUUAUUUAGGUAUGAGCAGUUCCUAGUAGUAAAAAAUCUAUUUUCCUCACUUUGCUGUGGGGAAGUUGUAGAAUUUAUAAAAUAUAGAGUGAAAAAUGUGGUAUGUUAUUUUGUUAUGGGUCUUUUAAAAACAUUUGCAUCAUUAAAGCUCCAUUCAACUUGAAAUUGCAUUGUGCCAGGAUUGCUGUUAAAAACAUAUUUUUCAAGCUAUAUAUACUCUUAGGAGUAAGAUAUGGAGAAAUAGAGAACAUAUUACUACAUACAGUAUUUAAAAUUGUGGAGAAAGAGGUUGAUUUACAUUGAAAUGAUAGAAUCUUUAAAGCUUGAAAUGUGGCAAUUAUGUCGCACGUUCUGUGGAUAUGUAGGAUUAUGCCUAUAUUAUAUUUUGUUGCACAAGUGAUGUUCCUCCAUUCUGGAACAUGGAAUGUCUUAAUAUUCUUCCACAACAGUUGCUGGAGAACUAAAGAUUCUUCUGUGCAUAUUUAAAUUCUUGGGCUAAUUCCCAUUUGAAAAUGCCAGGGGUGUUUAGGGUGAUCAUAUAACUGUCCCAGUAUCUUUAGGAAUCUUUCAUCUCCCCAUCUACAGAAGCUUGAAGAGCUCUUCUUUAUAUUGUGUCAGCAGAUGCUUUCUUGUUUAAGCAAAAGAAAAUUCUUUUGCCCAGUCAUCACAGUAGCAACAGUUGUAGCAAAGCUGGGAUAAACCAGACUAAUAUUCACCCAGCACUUAAGUGAAAUGUUUAUUUGAUGCAUCAAAGCUCCUUGCUGACUUUACUUUCUGUUUGUUUUCUUGAAUUCUACAUUAGAACUUUUUUGAAGUUGCAGAAGAGAGAGUUUUAUUCUGAUCCCAUGCAGAGAAAGUCCAGACAGACCAUUCUCACUUACAUCAUGGAAAAAGCCCAAAUAAUCAACAUUCCUCUGUAUUCCUUAGAUACUGUAGCUUUUAAUGAGAAAUAUUGGGGGGGAAUUGAAGUUCAAUUUCUGCCUUUUAAGGCAUUCUGCAGUGCAGUCUUACACAUUGCUACUAAAUAUAAAGCUCAGUUUUCAGUGAUGGCUUACUCCUAGGUAGGUGGGUAUAGGAUUUCAAUCUUGGGUCUUAAACCACAGUCCUUUAUCAAUUUACUUGGGAGUAAGCCACCAAUGAACUCACUGGGGUUUACUUAUGGGUGGACAGGAUUGCACUGUUAAGCCUUAAAUUAUAAAGCUAUUAUUCCCAUUCUGCUCUUAACAUUCAGAAAAGCUUUUAGGAAGCAUCUUAUUUUGUUAUCAUGGCUAGCAUUUUGAUAGUUAACACAGCAAAGAUACAGACAUUGAACAUGUUAAGGACAUUGCCACCGUACUGGAAUGAGUAAUACAGCAGGGCUAAUGAAAUACCAUUUUUAUACAUGUAUUGAGAAAUCACUAUGAAAGGUUUGAAUGCAAGAGUUAAUGUGCUACUUAAACAUUUUUUUUAACCCUCUGUAGUGGUAAAAAUUGCUUUUAUCUAAAAGCUUGCAGGUAUAAUCCUUUCCACUUGCCAAAGAAACUUCUCGUAUUAUGCAUCUCUUGAGCCACAGUCCUUACAUAGCACACUAACAAAUUGGGGCUUGGCUAGGAUAACUCACCCAAAGAUUGAACUCUAUAUUAGAUUAUACUUUCUUUUGAUCUCCAAAGAAGCUACUGCCAUUCCUUAAUCAUCUAUUUUUGUUCCUGUUUUAUAUUGACCUGUCAUUCCACAGAGAUCAUCUGCAGAAGCUCUCUUCCAAAUAUCUCGCCAUGUGAAGCAAAGUGGGUGGCAACCCAAGAGAUGGUUGUGAUGCCAUAACUUUAGCAUUCCCCCUGCAGAGAGGUUGGCUUGGUUGAUGCCUACAUUGAACCAGCUCAGAUAUCCCAGUAGGCCAUGAUUUAUUGUGAUGGAUGUGAGCCACAGGGAGCAUUAGGCUCACAUGCUCCCUCUCCUCCUCUGGCAUGGCUGUGAGAAGGAGAUAAAAAAACAAACCCUGUGGUUUUGGUUAACCACAGUUUAGCAUUGUUUCUGAACAUGAGAGUUCAUUGUUGGUCUUAAUUAUGGUUUGUUCAGCUUCAAAGCCCAAUGCUUGAAGUUGACUGAUUUUAAGCAAACCAUUGUUAAUAUUAGGGACAGUUUGUUGGGUCUGAAUGAAACAACAAAGGGCAGGUAAUAACAGAUUAAAACAAAAACUUCUAAUCGCCUUCUCAUGGCUGAGCUGGAGGAGAAGUGGGGCGGAGUACAUGAGCCCAAAGCUUUAUCCAUUUGUUCCUAUCACAAUAAACUAUAUAUUAGUUUAAUAUGACAGCUGAUUCAGCUCACUGCUGUAUGAUUCCCAUUCCAUCCUUUUGGAAAACCCAUGGGGCUAGGAUGUUUUCCCUAGUGGGGGGGGGGAGAGUGGUGAAAAACCAUUGUGGGAUGACCAUAUUAAUGCAUCUUAAUAGCUUUUUCACCUGGGAAUAGAUAAAAUAUGCUGCCAUAGUUAAAUUAUAAUAAAAAUGGGUUUAAGCUUGCAUUGUAAGGAAGUCUGCUAUAUGUUUGGGCUCAGCCAUUUCACUGUAAUGACUUACAUAUCGUUUACAGCAUUGUACUUCCUACAGCUGAUAAACUUGGUGUGCAACAUUGCAAUGAAUGGGUAAGACUUGUUUUGACUUAAAAAGCUGGCUGAGAGUCAGAAUUGACGUUGCUGGAUUAUAAGCAACAUGCCAGCCUAUCAUUUUGUGAUGUUUCAGUGGCUUUGUAGAUAAUGAUACCCCUUUAUGGUUUGGAGCUAAUUUCCCCUUAUCUAAAUUAGCUGAUUGCUUGCUCUUCAUUGACAGGUGGAUCUUGUCUCACUAUGCUCUGAGAUUCCCCUUUGACAUUCAUUUCACCUUUUCUUCCUUAAAGCUUUUUGGUCCCCCUCAAUGAGCUAUCUUAGUGCACGUUUAAUUAUCACCUUCUCUGCUUUGCCACUUAAAUAUGGUACUUAUAUUGUGUUUCAUAACCAGACAACAGGAUAUCAUCCUAAAGAUAUUGUGUGUGUGUUAAAUGUUCCUUGGGGAUUGCUAUUGCAACAAAAGAAUCCAGACACUUCUUUCCGUGAUUAGACUUCAAAGCAGCUAUAUUAGGUCAUGUGCAUAACAUAACAUUGGGCAUCAAAACACAACUUCAGUACUUAAGAUUUCUUCUCUUUUAUUUAUUGAAUGUUUCAAAGAAUUCCCAACUAUUUCUUGCAAUCCACCUAAAACUGAUCAAGACCAUACCGAAUCAUCUUGAGGAUAAUCCACAGAAUAUGUCUCUUCUGAUUUCAUGGCCAAUAUUAUCUUUAGUUAUUGCUCAAUAUUGCUCAUAAUUUAUUAGCCAUCUGUUCUUUGUGGCGCAAGUUCACACACCAUCUACCAAUCUGUUAUCCUCCUCAUCCCUCAUCCAUCGUCCUUUGUGGCAUCAUCUAUGGUUGACAGUAGAUAGCACUCAUUUUCUGACUUGUUCAUUCAGACUAAUUGUUCCUCUCAUCUCCUUAUUAGGUAGCCUGAGAGAGAGUGUUCUGGAUUUCCAGAAGGAGCUGAAAUACUUGCCAGUUUGCAUGGGGUGGGUUAGAGAAACAUUUGUUGAAUAAUCCCCUAUACUGAACCUCAUUCAAAAAGGAGGCCCAUAAUAUAUAGGCAGAGCGUAUGUACUUGAGGUGCCCUGUUUUGGAUAGCUUGAAAGUCAGUGGGAUAGGUGGUACUGAACAGCUCUAGAGAAUAAAGGGAAGGCAUGCAGGUAUAAUCUGAGCAGCUGUCCCAAGCACAAACUGCAAAAUGUACUAGUUGACCUCUCAGCUAAUGUUUGGACUUCGAGAUUUGUUUUAUGGUAUAAGAUACGUACUGGUAUAAAUCAGGGAAGAGUGCUGCAAACUAUUGGAGACAGGAGCAUACACAAUUCCUUUAAUUUGUUUGGAUAAAGUGGUUAACUUCAAUCAGGAAAAUGGAGGGGGCAGUGGUGGGGACUCAAGACGUCAGACUGAAUCAACCGUACAGCUUUAUGGGGAAAUGUUUGGAACUGAACGUGUCACUGCAUUUUGAAAAGAACACCAAUAAAUUACACACAUGUGAAUCCACCUCAGUUGAUUCUGGAAUGUAGCAUGUGUGGGGUUUUGUGUUUUUUUUAAUAUGGUAAGGGUACCUGAUUACAAAAUGUGUGAGAAGAUGCCAUGAGUUGGCUAAUACCUUGAAUACAUGGUUUUCUUUCUGAUGUACGUAGUUGUUCAGUCUUCAGUCUGUUUUGUAGCCUGUGUGCCUAUUACCAGCUAAAAACAUAGCUUCUCAAUUUGGAUUAAAGCUGGUUUGGAGCAAAAUGCAAUGUUUCUUAAGAAACAACACAAUAAAUAACCACCCAUGGCAGUGCGCUGGAUGCAGAGUAUACAGGAGUGUGUACACAGCCUUGCUCACUGGUUGGAUGUUCCCUUUUUACACCCAAGUUCUCGCAGCAUGCAAAUUAUUCUAGCCCAUUGAUUAUUCAUACAUUUAAAAAUGUUUUCUGAAAUUGACAUUGUAAUGUUGAUAUCAAGAGUCCUCAAAUACUUAGAUAAUGUUAGGUCUCUGCAUUUUUUUGUUUGUUUGAAAAUGUAAACCCUAAUGUGACUGGUGAUGAUGAUUCAUUUGGAAGAUUAUAUAACAUCCCUGUUCGUAUUCUAAAAAUCUGCCUGCAAAUCAGUUCCAAUCAAAGUUUCCAAUCAAAGAUGGAAAUGAACAUUUUGCUAUUUGGCAGCACUCAUGAAUUAAACUAGUUCUGUGUCAGCAGGGCCUGUUGCAUCAUUGCCAAAAAGGCGAGGGGCUCUCCGCUCCAUACUUCCCAUUGUGUCUCUGUUUGGUGUUUUAGUUGCCUGAGUCCAGAUUCAUAAUUAGAAUAAGAGGCUGGUAUGAUUGGGAGCACAAGGUGGCAAGGUAUGUGAUGGGUGUGAGUCAUGAUGAAAAAAAAGCUGCCCCAAUAUUCAUUAUUAUUUAUUAUCCAAUAGGACAGGGCAAAAAGGAGAGGGGGCACUAUUCAUGGAACACUUGUGAGUUUGCAGCCUUUAUAUUUUUAGAUGAUUAUCCACACUGUAUUUUGCCGCUGCCAGUUUCCCUCACCCCCAAAUGCCUUCCUUAAUUUUCAGAGAAUUUUUACCUUGAGGGGACACACAUCUUUGGGGUGAACCAGAUGCAGAGGAGGGCAGUGACCUAUGACCUUUCAUGGCUGUGUAAAAGAGGCAGUUUUAUCAGGAUCUGUUUUCUCAGCAAGUCUCACCUGCUGAAGUCUGUCUUACAAUCAUGAAAGACUGAAGGAGCCCAGUCUCCUUUCGCAUGUGGUUUCCCUGAAAGAGGCAUGUAACUCAAUGUCAAAUUUCAAUCUAUCCUUACAGCUCACCCCCCCCCCCAUAGUCUUUUGCUUCCUAUUCGUUCUCUGAAUGAGCGGAUUACUUCCUCCUCCUCUUUUUGGGACUCCUAAAUGGAAUCUGAUUGUGUCAAGACCUUUUUCCUAGACUGCUUCAAUAUGGGUUACAGCCACCCAGGAGAAAUCCCCACCCCAAUACCAUGAUAAUUUAGCAGAUUACAGUUGGAGGAAGCUUUUUUUGCAGGAUUGUGUGAGAUCAGGUUCAUAUACUGGAUAAAACUAUACCUUACUGUAGAAAGGUCAUUCAGAAUGCUUCCAUUUUAGUGUUGUCUAAAGCAUCAGCUUCUUUAGUUUCAUAAUUGGAUUUAUCUAUUUACUGCUUUUGUUCUGCUUCUUUCUGCCAGGAUUACGUAGUUGUGGUUUUAUUUUAUUUCUGCAAGCGCCAGUCUGCUGAUCAGUUGUCCUCUUGCUGCAGUGUUGCAAUCUCUGUCGGGGAAUGUUCUGCAAGAAGGCAGCCUUCCACUCACAAGCUGUUCAUUGUCCACUUGUUGCAUCUCAUGAAGCUGGCUCCUGGUUAAGCCUCGUGCCACAAUCCAUUUGCCAGCCUUUAAGGUGCUCUUCAAGGACUCUUAUGUUGGUAUUUGUCACAAAAGGAACCACACAAAAACCUUACAUUCUCCCAUUUCUCAUUUUAUUCUUAACCUGAAAACGAAGGCCUAAUUUCAAAGCAAUGUGUAAUGCUAAUGAGAUCACAAUUGGUUUCGUCACAAAAUCUAAGACGAUAGCAUAGGCCCAAAGAAGUGAAUUACUCUCAAGAAAUGCAGAUGCUGUAACAGUGGACGUAAUCCUAUUACAAUCUCCAGGCAGAAUAAUUUCCAUUGUGUCUCAGUUUUUGGAAAAUAUAAAUUGCUUUACUUUGCCUCUGAGUACCUGUUGAAUGUGAGUUUGACAAGCUAAAGAUUAAUGAAAAAAUACCCAAGGUUUUAAACUGGAAAGAAGGGCACAAUGAAGUAAUUCUACCCAUGUUUAUCUUCCUUGCCUGAUAUUUAAACAGUGUGGUUACAAGGCCAUUUUUUAAAGUUUGUGAUUUGUGUCUGUUUUGUACGCAAGGCCCUGACUCUAAUCUUAAUCAAUUACUCAAUUUACAGGGGACGAACAGAAAGUUACCCUUGAUCUUUCAAUAAAAGGGGCACUACCACACUUCAAAAAGUUGGCUCCAUAUUAGUAAGGACAGAGAGGCUUGAACUUGGUGAAGUGGUGUAGUGGAGAAUGGGGAAGACUAAGAUAAAUACAGUGGUGCCUCGCAAGACGAAAUUAAUUCGUUCCGCAAGUCUCUUCGUCUUGCGAGUUUUUCGUCUUGCGAUGCACGGUUUCCCAUAGGAAUGCAUUGAAAAUCAAUUAAUGCGUUCCUAGGAAACCGCCUUCAGACCAGGUCCGGGGACAGUCUGUCCCCGGACCUCUUCUGAAGGCUGGGGGGGGGGGAGGGCUUUUCUUCCCACCCCCAGCAUUUUAAAACCCCGGGACAGCGGAGGACUUCUCCGCUGUCCGGGCGAUCUUAAAAUGCUGGCGGGCGGCAUUUUAAAAUCACCCCGGGACAGCGGAGGACUUCUCCGCUGUCCGGGGCAAUUAAAAGCCCCUGGGAAGGCAGGCAGGGGGACAAAGACUUUGCCCCCGCCAGCCUUCAGAAGAGGUCCUGGACCUCUUCUGAAGGCGGCGGGGGCGAAAGUCUUGCUCCCCGCCUUCAAAAGCCCUCCGGGACAGGCAGGCAGGGGGAGCAAAGACUUUCGCCCCCGCCCGCCUUCAGAAGGUCUUCCCUCCCCCGCCCGGCUCGGAGCACCGUUCCGAGCCGGGCGGCGGCGGGAGGUCUUCCCUCCCCCGCCCGGCUCGGAGCACCGUUCCGAGCCGGGCGGCGGGGAGGUCUUCCUCCCCACCGCCCGGCUCGGAGCACCGUUCCGGGCCGGGCGGCGGGGAGGUCUUCCCUCCCCCGCCCGGCUCGGAGCACCGUUCCGGAGCCGGGCAGAGGCGGGAGGUCUUCCCUCCCCCCGCCCGGCUCGGAGCACCGUUCCGGCCGGGCGGCGGCGGCAGGUGUUCCCUCCCCGCCCGGCUCGGAGCACCGUUCCGGGCCGGGCGGCGGCGGCAGGUGUUCCCUCCCCCCGCCCGGCUCGGAGGAGCCUUCCGAGCCCGGCGGCGGCGGGAGGAGGUGUCCCCGCCCCGCCGCCAGGCUUCGGAGGAGGUCCGAGGACAGUGGGGAAGACGCGCUGCGCUUCCCCGCUGUCCCUGAGAUUUCCCUAUGGGCUGUCGUCUUGCGAAGCAAGCCCAUAGGAAAUUGCUUUAUGAGCGCCUCCAAAACGGAAAACCCUUUCGUCUAGCGGGUUUUCCGUCUUGCGAGGCGUUCGUCUUGCGAGGUACCACUGUACACAGUUCAGUAGUUGGCAUGGACAAGGGGAACCUAUUUUAAGUUUUCCUGUGCAAACGUUUAAGGAGUUACUAUUUCACCCUUGCUGGCAUACAGAAACAAACAAAUGGGUUGGGGGAUGGGACAUCACACUUGUAGAACACAUGUCUCACAGUAUCCCAUUCUCAUUUUGCUAUAAAGUGAAAGGCUGCAGAGCAGCUUUGCCAGCCAUAAUCGCAACCGUAUUCUCACUUGUUGUCUUUGCCAAUACCACAUAUCACAUCUCAGCCAAUAAAUUUCUGUAUAAAGCCUUACUAAGCUUCUUGAGGACCAUUCCUGAGACUGCCCCUGCUCCUCAACCUUACCUGUAAACCCUUCUACCCUAUAGCCCCACUGAUGAACUAGCAACUGGGGAGUUGCUCAUGAGGACUCCUUUAUUGUUUGGCUUUGGUGUGAGAGGAAAGCAGGAGCUAAAUUGUGAGUGGGUAUAAGACUAGAAUGUGUGUGUGUGUGUGUGUGUGUGUGUAUGUUUGCUGGGAGAUGGAAUAACCUUUAACCUACUGUCCAGCAGUUUGAAUGGCUGAGGUGGUUUUGGGAAAAACUAGGGCAGUUGUAUUGAACGAUUUUCAGCAUCUACUCUGAGAGAAUCCCCUUCCCAUUGGCUGAGCUGGCUUGGGACUUUUUGGCUGCUAUUGCAAUCAUGGGGUUGUUGACAUAUCACUGACCAAAUAAUCCAUGAGGAAGGACAUACGCUUAAGCUGGUCUUUUCUAGCAGGUGGCUGGUUGAUGGUUUGGUGGUGUUUAAUUACCUUGUUAUCAUGGACUGGUCAUUUCCUGGUGAGGUUUAACGUUUGUGGUGCUUGGUGCUCAUUGCUCCCUGCAGGGGUGGAGGACCAGUUAGGACCAUCCAAUCGUGGAAGGUUUUUGUUUUGUUUUAAUUAGGAAGAUUCCUGAACGCUUUGGGAAAUUGGGCAGUUGGCAUGGCUGGCACCCCUAUCAAAGCCCUGGUGUCACUGUGGAAUAGUGAGAUGAAAAGGGCCAGUGGCACAGUUGUUCACGAGUGCUCUCUCCAGCAUUGUGGAUCCUGGAUGGCUCUGUGGUCCCCAGGAAGGCUCUGAGUGAUGGAGUAAGCCAAGUGACUGCUGGAGUACAGGUGGCACAAGUAUUACAGUGAAAACAGCUGAACACAUAAUCAUGCCACCUGUGGGGCAGUGAAGAAAGUUUUCUUAACUAUUACUUGAGUAGCUUUCUAGCACAGCUUUGUGGGCUUGUGGGAAUGUGGGAUCUUCCCCUAAGGGGAGUAGCCUAGAAUGCACAAAAGCCUGCUGUGACUAAUUUGCAAGGCACCUUGAAAAGUCCCUCACGUUCUGCUGGAGCUUAAUGCCACAGAUAUUGUGGAUCAGCUGGAGAUGUCAAGUCUGGUUGUUUGGGAUCAAUUUCAGUAGCUAAAGCUAGAUAACUGUGGACAAGGUGUUUGAAUUUUUUUGGCCUACCACAUGCAAUCCUGACCUUCCUGUCAUAUAAGGGUUGGGGGUUGCCUGGGUUAGGCUCAAGAGCUGUAAAUGCCAUUUUUGUGAGAGACAACUGUAAUUUGCCUUUAAAGGAAGUGGUGGUGUGUCCCCUUUUCAAGACACCUUCUCUGGAUCCAGAAGCAAGUGACAACUACUGCCAGUUGCAAACAUUUCCUUUUGGGGAAUGGUUAUUAUCAAGAGAGUGGUGUCUGUGCAGCGUCAGGAGUCUUUGGAGGAAGCCGAUUAUCUAGAUCCAUUUCAGUCUGGCUCCAGGCCAGAUUUUGGCAUUGAAAUGACUUUGGUGGCCUGUAUCAGGGAGGACAAAGAGAGUUUGAGCUUGCUUAAUUCUCCUUGAGUUCUUGGCAGCUUUUGAUACCAUCAAUUAUAACAUCCUCCUGAACCAUCUCAGUGGAUGGGAGUAGGGAGCACACUGUUAUAGUUGUUCCAUUUCUACCUGCAGGACUGGUACCAGAAAGUAGUAAUGGGCGACUUUAGCUUAGCCCCAUGGCAGUUGUGCUGCCUGUCCCCCCCCCCAUGCCGAUUAAACUCUUAUUCUUUAGUUAUUAGAUUUCUAGUCUAACUUUCUUAUCUAAGGAACUGUUGAGAACAUUUGUUAAGGGGUUUGGAGUGAAGUUUCACCAUUAUGCAGAUGACACCCAGCUCUGUUUCCCUUGUCAUCUGAACGGGGGGAAGAUGUGCAGUUGCUUGGUCAGUGUUUGGCCUCUUGUUGUGGUGUUUACCUCUGUUCAAGAGAAGGCCUCAUUAGUUCAGUAGGCCCUAACUGUUUAACUAAGGUAGCCCCCCUUUUGAGUUGUGACUCAUUGGGUCUUCUGCCUCUUGACUUGGAAAUGUCUUGAUUCAACACAUGUGGACAUCUAUACCCCGGGCACUUUUUCAUAUUAUCUUCCCUUCCCUUACACUGAUUCAUCCUUCUGAUCCAACUUUGGAAGUAACUUUUUAAGGGUUCUGAGAGUGAUUUAUGUAUUUUAUAUGCAAAGUCUUUGUUCAGUUGGCCAUGCAAACAAAGAAUGACAGCUGCAAAGUAGGCAAUUUUUAAGUAAACAAGUGCAUAUUAAUUUUCAUGAACUUCUGAGAAGAUCUCUCUCUGUGUAGAACUAUCAUAAUUGAGGAUAAUUGUCCUCACACUGCGUUGCACUUCUGGUAUUUUGUGUUAUUGUACAAUGUGACAAGACUUGUAGUGGUGGUAAUGAGGGGAGGUUUCAACUAAUGUACAAAACCUCUAGAAAAAUGUAAUUUCCUCAGCAUACCUGUGCAUAGAUGUAGAUUCUGGGUGUUCUGGCUCAAUAAGAAAUAGUAUAAGCACCUCUGCAUUUGAAGAAGAAGAAAAAAGCUAAUCAAGAGCUCACUUUUAAAGAUUUUGUCCUUUGAAUAAAGCAUGUACCAAAUUACUAUGCUCUCCGUUGGCUUCCUUGCACAAUCUCUCCUCCUCUCCGCCCCCAUCACUGCCUCAUGAAUUAUGGGAUCAGCCUAUGCCUUCUGGAACUGGAGCUAGGAGGUAGUCACAGGAUUUUUGUAUGCCUCUUGUUUGAGAUUCCUAUUUCACAUGCUUGCUUAGGUGCAUGUUUAUACAGUGCAAAGCAACAGGCACCAAAGCUAUUGCUUGUAUACUGUCUUAUAUUUGGGGCAGCUGAGUGUGGGGAAAGUACAUAUUUUCUAAGAAAGGUGAAUUUAGCCUACAAAGCGUCCCCUAUAUUGAGUCAGAGGCCAUUAAUCCCUCUAGCUCACUUUUGUCUAUUUAUUUGAUGCCUGUAAAAUGUCUAAAAGUGAUUUCCCAGCAAGAACAUCAGGAAUGAAACAAUUUAAAACAAUUCCAUAUGCAAAAAACAAACUCAUAUGUAAAAACGAUUAAAAACCAUUCCAUGCAUAAAACAAUUUAAUAUGUAAAACCAUUUUCAAACCCACUACAGAUUUAACCUGGGAGAAAUAUCUCCAUGUAAAAGGCUUGUUGAAAACCCCAGAAGCACAAUAGCAACAGCACCUGUCUGAUGUGUAAUGGGAAGGAGUUCUAAGGGGCAGGUGCCACCACAAGCCCAGUUCUCCUAUCCAACAGAAUGCAACUACUGAUAGGAUGGUAUCUGCAGGAGGACUCUCCUGCAGAGUGCAGCAGUUGUUUUUUUUUUAUGAAAAAUACCCAUUCUUCCACUGAGAAGAGCACACAAAUGCUGCAGAAAAGGUGAAAGAGAAGACAGAUCAGUUUUAUGGAAGGCAAAGGAGCCUUUGAGACCUGCAUUCAGUAGUAGUGGUCAAUACACUGGGGAACAUUCUAUCCUUACACUCCCUCCCUGCUGUAGGCACACAACUAAGUCCUCCCAGUGGUGUGGAGCCAGUGGGACCAAUUGUUCCUUAGCUCUGGUAUUUUAAGCCCUGUAUACAUUUGACUGUAAGCUGUGCAUUCCUUAAUAAGAGAAUUUUUUGCUGAGGAUAUUAGCAGCAUUUGGGGGAUGACGUAAGUGAAGUAUGUUACUAGAACAUUUCUUAGCCUCUGAAGUAUAUUCUGUUCCUUAUGUUUUCCUGUGCCUCUUGCAGAGCCUGCCAGGAUCUCCCACUUAUCUUCUGCUCAAUGUAUCAUCUGUCCUUGUAAAUGCUUAUCAGAGCUUUUGAUCCUUCAAGGACACUUUGAUUAGGUUUUUGUGUACAGAUAACUCAGGCCAUAAUUUUCCAAAUGAAAGUUUUCACUCCCUUUUAAACACUGACAGAGAUGUUAUUUCCUGAUGGGCAGGUGAUGGUUUUGUGAACUCUGAACUCCUCCACCUUCAGCUAAUGAUGGUGUGGUGUAGCCAGUCAUAAAGAUAGGUAUUAGAUGAGAGGAUAAGGUGGCUGAUGCUCUCAUUCUGCUUGGCUUGAGGACAGAGCAGCAGUUCUUAACAGUGCAAUCCUGCAAAUGUUUGUUCAGAAGUAAGUCCUGUUGUUUUCAUGAGUGCUGGAUUAAACCCUGUGGAGGACCGACUCUAGGCAGUUCAAAUCUCGGGGGGGGGGGGGGGGGGGGGCUCGCAAAUUAUCUCAAAGCUUCUACUUGGCUACUUGCGAAUAUUCUACUAGGAUCUGGAGUUGGUGGGAACUCGCGACACACACAGAAAGGUUUGUAUCUGGAGGUUUCUCAUGCGUGUGCUCUAGUUGGAUAACAUUGAACUAAGAAAGUUUGAUUGUAAUUUUCUUUCAAGAUCAAAUCAAUACUAUUUUGAUCCGUUGUUGCAGUGCCUCUAGAAAGGCGUGGGGCCGGUGCCUACUCUGCCUUUUUGGUAAUCCAGCACUGGUUUUCAUUGAGGCUUACCCUCAGGUAAACGGCUUUAGGAUUGUAACCUCUAUUCUUUUUCUAAAAUUGAAGUAGCCACCCACCUGAUGUCAUUGUGAUGUCAGGUUACAAAUUUUCUCUUGCCUGCACACAUCCUACCUGACGUUGCAUACAGGGAAGAUGGGCGUAGGGAAUUAGGACCUUGGAAUUAAGGCUGUGGGUUGGAGGUUCCCCAUUGCUGUUCUAAACUAAUCCCCCGCAAAUAUUACAACAAUUCCUCAUAGGAAAGUUUUUCCAGCCCCCUGAUAAUUUUGGUUGUCCUUUUCCAGUUCCGCAAUGUCUUCUUUGAGGUGCAGCAACCAGAAUAAACUAAAAGCACAAUAAACCAAGUGGGAUUACACCAUAGAUUUGUAUGAAGAGUGGUUUUGUUUUCAGUUCCUUUCCUAAUGAUCCCUGGUAUGAAAACUGUUCUUUGUCACUGGGAACUUGCAACCAGAAUCCUCUAUAGAAACUAAAGCCAGACAAAGUAAACCAGAAGUGAAACUUUUAAAGAAAGAGUGGAAAUGGCUCUUGGUGUGACACAGGGAUACUGUAGUUUCUUUUACAGCAGAAAGAUUUCCUUAGUGUGGUAAACAUUUGGACACACAAAUAUAGCCACGUUUACAUCCUUCCUUUUUUUACAUACUUAAGAGAGGUAGGUUGAAAAACCCCCCCAAAACCUUUUCAAACCUUUACUUCCUGCUUCUCUGUGUGGUUAGAAAUGGUUUGUGGAAGCCUUUAAAGUUUCUGCAUAUAUAUAUUUUUCUUAAUACAAAUCAGCAACUUAACUUAAUGUUCUUUCAAACUCUCAGUUGCUAGUGAUCUGCAUCUCAGAAACUUUUUCUCGAAUUGUUCCCCGAGCUUAAUUCUUGAUAUAUUAAAGACUGAAACCCCCUUCAUUCCUGAUCAUCUUGUACUGUUGUACUGUCGUGUGUGAUUCAUUUUUAUUGUCUGCUCUUUAAACUUUAUUUCUGCAGUUACUGAGCAUUUGGGGUGUUUUGUUUUUGUGUGUGUGGUGCUUACCAAAAAGUCUUGUCAUACAGUUUGUGUAUGUGUGUUUUUCAAAGGUAGAGAGAUGCCAUUUUCUGCAUGACUGUCAGGACUCAUUAGACUCUGCUCAUCUGCCUAAUAGGCUUCUGAGAAGCAAGUUAGCACGUGGGUUGAAUGUGGCAAAAAAAUUAGCUUUGGUUUGUUUCCUAAAUGUGAAGCAUUUUGCUCUAAAUUUGAAUAAUUUUCUGUACAUAGACCAGCUUACAGUAAGUAAUUUAAUCUCUAAAACUAUUAGUAAUGUAGAAGUCUUGUUUCUCCAUAAAGUUCCCCAUAUAGCUAACUUUUAUUUAUAUCAAAUGGCAAAUCACUCUGCUUAUGUUUUAAUAGUUUGUUGUGGCGUUUUGAGUUGCAAGAUGAAUAGAUGAUUAAAAAGAACUGAAAUUAAGCAAAUAAAAGCAGUUUAUAUAUUGGCUGUGUUAAUUUAGACUACAUAGUAUGCUAUUUAUGAACAGAUGCACUCUGUUAGCUGCAGAGGAAUAAUAAAUUUGUACAUCGUUUAGAAGAACUGGUGCAGUGCUGAGAGGAAAAACAGGCUGGUGGAGUAGAAAAAUUUCAUACAGUAGUUCCAUCUCCUCCAGUUUCUUGAGGACUACUGUAGACAUUAUGCUUACUGCAUGUUUGAGGGUAGCAGAGAUAGCCUCUUUGUGACUGGAGCAACUCAUUAUGUGACUUUCCUUAAUUGUGUGGAGUGUUUUACCACACCAGCAGCCCCUAGGAAUAGACAGUGUUGGCGUGAGAGCUCUCCACACAUUGGGGAGACUCAUGGGAUUAGUGGUUCCAAACAUUACAGAUGCACAAUGGGAACCGGCAAUCUUGAACACCUGAUUCAAUCUUCCCGUGCUCUCUGUAUGGGUAAGUUUUUAUGUGUCUCUAGCUUGGCCCUUUGUCCUUUCAAUGACAGGGAGACUUCUGACAGGAUUAACUUGUAUUUGUUGUAUUUGUGUCCUGCCUUUCUUCCAGCAAAGCCAAAGAAGCACUCUAGUUUGAAAACAACCUUGGGCGUGAGAGUAAUUUUGCCAAAGCCACACACCCAGUGAGCUUCAUAGAAGAGCAAGGAAAGAUUUGAGUUUCUGACAUCCUUACCCAGCCCUCUUUAUUUGCCCCAGCUCUCUCUCCCAUGCAGCUACCCGCCCUGGGAACCUAUGGUGGUAAGAAAUCUUAUAAAUGAAUGAAUCUGAUGAAGCAUGCCUCUAAAACUUGCUGGGCUGUUAAAAUACAGGCACAGUCCUCAAGGCCAGUUCUCGGAAAGAGGCUUAGUAACAUCAGUGGGAUUGCCAGGGAAAGUGCUCUGAAUGCACAGGAUGUGACAUAAGCAAUGCUGAAAAGCCUGUGUGGGUGCAUUUAAACAGCUUGAUCCCACUGAUGUCAAAGGCAUAAAUACAUUAGGUGUGUAAAUAAAAGCCUUGUUGAAGACGAUGGCAAUGGCCUCCACUGCUGGUUGAAGAUAGGGUGAUUUGUAAGUGCUAUACAGAACAAGCUUCAAAAUCAAUGCCUUGGUUUGUCAGCGUCACACUGAGAAACCAGAACCAGGGUUACUGACCUCAAGAAGGAACAACAUCUCCUAUUGAUCAUUCAUGACAUUUUAUCCAGCCCUUUAAGGUAAACUGCUAGGACUCUUACGUUACACCCCCUCUCUGCACUGACUGUCUCUCUCCCUUGAGACAGGAAGAUUGAACCUGAGACCUUCUGCUCUACCACUGAGCCAUGACCUUUCCCCAUAGUCUACACUGGCAUUUUAAAAUGAGUGGGACAAUUAAAAUAAAUAUCCACCACUGUGUCCUGGUAGCAGCAUAGCAAUACCAUACUCGGUAGGUAAUACAUUGGAAAAUUCCACUCCCAGGGAAGGAAUUAAACAAACCUUUUAGUGUUCAAGGGGUACAGCUUGGCUAGCAGAGUAUAUUUUCUAAGAGAAGAAAAUAUAUAGCAAUCUGCAUAAUACGUACAGGUCUCAGAGGUUUGCAGCAGUAGAAGCAGAGAUCGGGGUUUCUGUACCUAAAAGUUAGACACAAACAAUCACAUUCCCAAGCUCCUCUAAAUGGUUACAUCUGGUUCUGUUGCGCUGUGACUCUUCCCUUACUGAGAUCAGCAGAGGCACUUCAUUUUCCUUUAGAGGCCCUGAUGCAUUUUGUCUGAACAGUAUAAAUGUUUGUCAGUAGUUCAUGGUUUGUUUUAUUAAUUCUAAGAGGGAACAGCUGAACUCUCACGUCCCAGAGGUGCAACAGCUGUGUGUUAUUGCCUAAUAACCUUCAUCUCAAAAUUGGCAGUUUUCUCAAGAAACGCCUUUCCUUUGGGCACUUAUCUUUAGACUCAUUAAUGCAUGAAUAUGUUUCAGAAGCAGUCUUAUUGUAUUAAGUGUACUAAAACUGACUAAAAUCUAAAACAACCACCCCAUGUGUGGUGCUCUGUCUUUUGACUGUUAGCCUUGCACUUGCCUGUUCAUGAAUGUGGAGCUAGAACAAAACAUGGCAUGGUUCUACUUAGCUAUGCAGACCAGCUGUAGAAACAUGAACAAUCCCCUCUAAAGUUAAUCAGACUUCCAGCAUGCCACAGUCUGACGCAAGCAAAAGUAAUGGGGUUGCCAUACCUAAAUGACACUAUAUGAGGUUGGGCCAAAUUGACCCAAAGGUCUUUACAUCUGUUGGCUUUUUCUCCCAUUGUGGCGUCAGCAGUUUGGUCAUGUUCACUUGGAAAUAAGUCCUGUUAACUCAUUGGGACUAAGAAACAGAGGUUUACAUCCUGAGUUGCUCUGAUGGAAGAGGGUUGGCAGAAGAUGACUUAACCAUCCCUCCUAUCUUCUGCAGGCCCCUGCAAAACUGCUCAUAGAAGGUUCCUCCACCUGAUUUUUAAUUGUCUCCCCCUUUCCAUUACCACCUCACAUGCCACAGACCACUCCAUUCAGGAGGACCCUUAAAUCCUCAAAAGAGGCUUUUCAGUGGGAGGAAUUGAUGGAAAAUCCCCAUCUUAUGCCAACCUUCUGGCUGUGCUUCUCAGGAUCCAAUCCAGGCUAUAAAUCAGUAGGUAUUGGCAAUAUUUAAUAGGAACAUGACAGGAAAAUGUUUGCACCCAGCCAAGAAAUGAAAAUUAGAACUCAUUGAGCAUCAUUUAAAUUGCUUAGAUUUUUAAACUUCAUUUGUCAUUAAAAAUAACAUUUGAGUGGAAGUCAUAUAAUGUUUCCCAGAAAGAUUAUUAAUCAGUAAAGAGGAAAUAUGGCAGCAUGCUAAUUUCACACGAGAACUUCAUAGUUGAACUGAGAUUUUAACCACGGGCUUCAGGUUUAGAGCAUAAGAAUCUUCAACCUCUAUAAUAUUUCAUAUGUAGCAGAAAUAUGUCAAAGAUUUUACCGUUCCGUUGGGGAUACUGAAAUGAUAGACAAGGGUUUUUUGUUUUUGUUUUUAAGAAGCAAGACAUUAUGACACAUAAGCGGAUCAGUGGUAACCAGCAGAGCCAAAUAUGGGGUGUAGAGCUGUGUUCACAUUUCUUGCCCACUGACCACCGAAAGCUGAAUCUGAAUGAGAUAAGUUAAGUCUGAUUCUUGCCCUUUCAAUGGGGCUUCUCCAGGUGACAUUUGUGACACAAUGGGGGUGUAUUUCCACAACCUCUAAACGCCCUUCGGGGAGGGGGGGAGAAUAGGCACUGCUUGCAUCCACCCACAGAACUCUAGCCUGCCCUCUUCCCCCUGCUGCUCCUUUCAAUUAAGCUUUAAUGAGGCCAGGGUUCUAGUGUAAGACGAGCCACCUUUUUUCCCUUUGGCAAAGUAGGCAUUCCUAAUAGGUGUUUUGUAAGAGAGCCAUUUCAGCGAAUUGCUUUCUUUAGCAAAGGCGUAACUUGUGCUUGAAACUUCAGCAGCUUUUGUAUUUUUUUGUUUGCUUGCUUUUUCUGGUGACAAAGGAUGAUUGUUUUUACGUCAAAAGGACGGCUGUCUGUCCCUGCACUCUGGAAUAACGUUAAUUUUGAGUUUGAUUAAAGUGAAGUAUUUCCCCCCCACCGUCUCCUAUAAGAACACACAAAAACCCCUGCUGGAUUUGAGGCCUAACUAAUUUGGCAUUCUGUUCCCACAGUAGCCAGUCAGAUGCCUCUGGGAAGCCCAAAAUGGGACUUGAGCACAGUAGCCCUGUCCUGCUGUUUGCCCCCCACCUGCUGGUAUUGAGCUUCUUCUCUUCUUCUUUGGUGACCACUUGUGGCAGAGUAAGAUUGUCUUCCAUGAACACGGUCUUAACAGUGAGUCUGUAAGUGACUGUGGAGGCCAAUUCUGGAUCCACAUGUCCUUCCACAGUGUGGACAUAGGUUUCUGGGUGGGAGUUGAUCAUGGUGAGGGUUUGCCAAACAUGCCUUCCUCUUAGGACGCAUACUGUGGUAUAGUGAUCAUGAUCAGUAGCCACUGGUAGCAUUAUCCUCCAGAAAUCUUUUUCCAUUUUGUACAAAUAGAGGUCUGAAAAGGAGUUACUUUUGCAUCAUGCCGUGAAGACUGAACAGCUGAGCUUAUUUAGAUGCAAGAUAAAGGAUUCUAAAACUGCAAUCCUUUUGCACCCUUAGGUGAAAGAAAGCUCCAUUCAACACAGUGGGACUUACGUCCAAACAAAUACGUAUAGGAUUUUGCUGCAAAAGAACUAUUGCACCCAACAAGUCUAUUUAUAGUGGGAGGAAUUCCACUUUGCAUUAUGCCAAACAUUCCAACAACACAAAUAUUUCAGCUUGCUGGAUGGAAUGACCCCCCCUCCUGCUGUGUGUUGUUCUGCAGGGGGUUAUCCUGACCCACCCCCAGCUAAUUUUGGGGGGUGCAGUGGAGGAGAGAAGGGAAAUCCCUUUUGUGCAGGGCUUAAGAAUUAAGAAGAAUUGCUUACGGUUAUUCCACAUUUUGAACUAUUCCCAUGUAUGCUACUAGCAAAUUCAAGAGCAAUAAAUUCAACAGAAGAAGCUGUAUCACUCUGUUGCAACAAAUCCCAAAAAGUCUCAGUAUAGUAAGAGAAAUUAUGGGUGAAUUUGAGUUAUAAGCUUUUGUGAACUAGAGCCCACUUGUAUUUAUUUGCCUUUGAAGUGUCACAAGACUUUGUUGUUGGGGAGGAGAGGCUGUAGUUUUGUGUGUGUUUUGCUCCAUAUACUUGGCAGAGCUGAGGCUGCACACAUUUAAUCCUUGUCCUAGAUCCAGCUUUCCAAAUUGCAUUUCAGUAGUUCUGGUUUGUAUGUCUACAAAGACACCACUAUUCCAUUCUUGAAUAAUGUAUGCACAUUAUAAUUUGCCAUAUGGUGAGAUGCAAGACAGCCUGGAGAAGGAGCACUUUUGGUCCAUUUGACAGGGCAAGGAUAGCUGUGUUGCAAGUCUGUUGCAGCAAAAUUCUUGUGGUACUGACAAAGCUUAUUAUGGCAUAAGCUUUCAUCUGAAGCAUCUGGUGAAGUGGGCUCUAGUCCAUGAAAGCUUAUGGCACAAUACAAUUUGUUAGCCUUCAAGGUGCAACAAGACUUUAUGUUCUUGUUCUCAAUGCAUCCUCUUUUGCUGUUUCUUGCAGCAUGUGUAACCAUAUGGUACUAUUUCUUAAUUCUUCACGUGGGUGCCAUAAAUGGACAUAGUGAUUUGGCCUAAAUAACAAUACUUAUUUCUUCUUCUUAGCUUUUGCAGAGAGGCCCAGCUGAAUUGUGUACUGAAUUGCAUUUGCUAAACUCCAUUUUAUCUCUGCCUGAAAUCCUAUGACCCAUGGACGUUUUCUAGGGAAAGAAUCCUCUUCUGAACUAUAGAUAUGACAAAUAUGAUAUGUUGUUGAGAUAUUAACCUUUUGCUGUAUUUUAUUGUUUGAAUUUUGGGAUUGCCUUUGCUAGUUCUUGUGAGAGCCUUUUGGGACAAAAGGUGGCACAGAAAUAAACUAACAUAACAAGGAGGAAAGCUAUGUAUCUCCCCGCCCCCUCGCCAAAUUAACUAUAAACAGUCACUGUUCUACACUCCCCCCCCCUUCUCUUCUGCUCUGGAUUUCAUGGAUUUCAUCUUUGAGAAGUGCAGUUGAAUUAUAUACAGUCCUGAUAGCUGUUAAAAAGAAAAUAAUUGAAGAGCAGUCCACUCAUUAUUUACCUUUCUCACUCAAUGCAUUCCUUCCAAAGCAUUUUUCUCCUUUAUGCCAGAGCCUUGUUUAAACUGUGUGUAAAUAAAAAGUGAAGCACCAGAUUGCAAUCCAGCAGCAUACUGGGAGCAGGGAUGUUGAAAGCAGCUGCUUCCUAGAAGCCACAGUUUCUUGCUCGCUCUGAGAUUUGUGGCUGUCUCGGAAAAGACCAGAAGCCCUGAAUGCAUGGCCCUUGUUAAGUCUGCUGCUAACUGGGUUGCCAUCUUGCUUACGUGAAUUUAAACAUCCCUGUGAUUUCUUAUUCCCCACCCCAAUUUUUCUGUAGCACAAUGGUGGUUAAUAAACACUAUUUCGUAGUACAAUCCUAUCAGGGCUGGCAAAGUGAGGCCUUGGGCAGCGGAUGUUGGGGCCAUUCUCCUGGCACAGCCCAUCCUACCACAAAUUAGCCCCCAACCCAAGUGUUGUGGAGGUUGCUAUCCCUUUACUAGGGUGAUUCAGCUGUCAGUCCGGUUGUCUUCCAUAUGUAGAAGGGGGAAAGAGUUUCAUCUUGCCCUUGACCUCAAGCAGCAAAAUGCCUUAGGCCUGAACUCCAUGCAUUCUUACUCUGAAGUAAUUCUCGCUAUGUUCAGAGGUAAAGGUCCAUAGGAUUUGCAGCCUUAACGUCUCAUUUACUUUGUGGUCUUUAACUUUGACCUUGCAGAAUUUUCAUGAAGUAGCUAUUGCCCACCAAGGAGGAACUGACCCAUUGACCUGGCUUUCACAACACUGUGGGCUCCUGGAAAGGAAUGUGCAGCUUCUUUUACUCCUCUUUUUUUUAAAACAACAACAACAACUGUGCUGUGUUAAACAAAGGUUUCGCUUACUGUGUUGCCUAUGAGCCCCGAGCUUGCGAUUAAGCUCUCUUCUUGCUAAUCAUGACCUUAAGCAGGAGUUCCAGUUCAGAUGACAUGCUAAGCAAAAUCAUGACUUAGUUCAGCACAGUUCAUCAGAAAGAAAAACAGACUGGGGAGAAGCAAAAGUGGCCAUGAGCAAACUUCAGGAGCUCCUACAGUCAACGCUGGUUUCCUCAGCCAAAAUUCAGCAUGUGUUAUGGGAGCCAGCUCUUCAAAAAGGAGGCACGUUAACUCAAAACCCCCUGAAAGCCUUAUGGCCAUGGCAGCUUCUUCCCAGUAUACUUUGAGAAAUGUACCCUUGUUAGGGUGCUUGGAGUGGUCUGUUAGUAUUAGGAAGAUGGCAGGCAGGAAGCUAAUAAAUUCCCUGCAGGAAUUUGUUGCAUUUACACAACAUUGUCAUUGUUAAUCACAGUACGCGAAGCACUUUGUAUAAAUGGUAAAUAUUAACCCAUUUAACUGGUUGGAGACUAAGGGUGAGAGACAGUGACAUGGAGAAUCCAUAACCGCAGUAGAAUUUAAACCCAUCUCUUUCAGUUAUUCUACAUGGUGUUCAAUGGCCAUUUUGAAUAUCAGACAAAACUGUCACCCAUGCUGAGCUGCAGUUGCUUUGUUUUAAAGCCUUUCAUUUUCCUUUUUUUUUUUUUUUUGGUAAUUAUUUAGCAAUUAGUCUUCUGGUGUAACACGGUGACCCUUUGUGCCUAUAGGGGAUGGGAUGGAUUUCCUGCCUUCCACAGACAACGAUUCCACCCCUCACCUUGUUCCUGCUUAUGUAGAAAACAACCAGCAUGUGAAUAGUGUUCAAGUUAGCACACCCUUUCCAUGACCCCAAUACAUCUGGGUGAUGGGACAGAGUGAAACAUGUUGUUACCCAAUAUUUUUUAUGAGUGCAGUGUGGGGGCAGGGGAGAAAAGAUAAUUGCAUCUAAUUUAAAACCAGAUAUUCCGUAGAUGCUCCUGCAAGCUUAGUGACAUAAAACGUUACUGCUAGUUAUUACACUAUACUGUUGUUUUGGUAUUUGCACAUGCAAAAGCAGAAGUCUAUCUGCUCAUCUACCUUAUAAUGUUGUAGUGUUACUAUGGCCUUCUGAAAAAUAUAUUUAAUAUUCUGGGAAAUGGAGGCUAGAUGGAAUUAUAUUUCUGUAUAAUUUUAGUUAGCUUUUAUAAUAGAAAUGAAUUGUAGAACUCGGGUAUGAUGCUAGCUGGUAAGAGAGAACUGGGGAGGAAUCGUAUAGUUUUAGUCAUUCUGCAAGAAAGGAAAAAUUGAUAAGAUAGGUUUAUGUAAGGCAACAGGAUUGUAGCAUCAGCAAUUUGAGCUGAGGUCUGUCUUUUAUUAUGUGUUGUGCAAUACGUUGACACAUAAUUUUUAGAUGCUAAUACAACUAUCAUAUUUAGCACUUAAUAUAAUAUCUUUGGACAUACUUCUGUUGUGGAAUACUGAAAACUGAUACUAGAGCCAGUUUUUAGAAGAUUGACAGUUUUUGGAAUACUAUUUUUUCCUUGAUCUUUUGAGUUCAGACCAUGGCAGGCUCUUGGGAAAGGCACAACAUAACAGUGGCUAAUGAACUGGGCAUCUGUUGUUUUGGAACACUUCUCAUAUGGAAAACUAGCAACCCACUCCUGUGCGUGCUUACUCAGAAGUCCCACCACGUUCAGUGGGGCUCACUCCCAAAUAAGCCUUCAUAGGCUUGCAGGCUAAAUGUCAAAGGGAUAGUAUAGUGUCCAAGCCAAAACCCCACCUUGGAAUAAAAUCAAAUUGAAAUUGGGGGUGGUCAGGAAAAUUGUGUGUUUCAAAUUUAUUCACUGUGGGUCACACCAGCCUCCAUUAGUAGAUUCUAGUGGUCCACAGUGCUGCAACAUGUUUGCAGAGCAUAUUAAUGAGUAUAGUCUAGAAACUGACAGGCAGAUUUAAAUGUAGUGAGAUUAAUUGCCUGGCUUGGUGACAGCACAUUUUUCUUUGGCUAUGGCUUGAAGGUGUGACCCAAUGCUACCUCCUUUAUUUUCAUACUUCUGAUUCCUUGCACAUGGACGAUAUUUCAAAAAGCUUUACUGUUGCAGUAAAUGUAAGGGGAAAGGAACUUGGGUGUCAAAUGACUAUGAUCAAUUGCAGCAAUCUGAACAGCUUCCAAGGCUUCCAUCUAUCUAUCAGGCAGUAGCUUUUAUACUAUUUUGGGGGGAUGAGGGAAUUGUAGCAGACUAAACGUGACUUAGACACUAUGCCUUCUCUGUCCAUCUUUUAACUCUCACCUACCAGAUUCUAAAAACAUGGUAUUAAAGAUGGAGGCCUCUUGACCCAAACUGAAGGCCACUUGAUGCUCUCUUUUUUCAAAAACAAAGCAAAACACCUGACCUUACAAAGAUUCAUUAAAAAAAACCACAGAACCUAAACAUAACCAAUGUUAUGUGAUGCUUACAAAUUGUUUGGAUGUUACACAAAAUGGCAGUUGAGGGUGCACAGCCCCUUCUUCCAUCCAUCCUAUGUUGUUCCCAAAGCCAUCUUAAGAUUCUCUGGCGAGCUACUGCAAGCCAUAGGAGGCUGAGAUGGAAAUUGGCCUGACUCAUUGCAAAAGACCUUCUCAUAGCUGUACAGGAAAUACUUGUCAGCGGUUCUGGUUUAAAUGCUGUUUAACUUGCAGAUGAGAGAAGCAAAACCUUCAGUUAAAUUAAAGAGCUACCUCCCAAGAGAACUUGAAUCGUAGUACAUAUUGCUGAGGAAAAAUAAAGCACAGGCUAGAAAGCUGUAUUCUAUAAACUCUCCUGUUAGCUGUAUCGCUGAUAGUUAUAAUGUACCAUUACAAUAUUAUUUUGUGACUGACUAGCUUUGACGGCCAGUGAAAGUACAUAAUCUAAAACCAAGUAUCAGCCGAUAGUCACAUAAAAGUGGAAUGUCAUAAUCACUAUUGCUAGCUACACUUUACUUGUUAGUUUGGGGUAGCUUGUGAGGUGGAAGUGAGAGAGCUGGGAAGAGAAGUGGGGGGAAACAAUAGGAACCAACAAAUGCUGAAGGACAAGCAGUUUUUUAUUCAAAUUAUUUAUAGAAACAUAUUACUUGCUUAAGUGAGUGGCAGAUGGACCAGCCUCUGUGCUUUGUGUUUCUAAUAUUCUGUUCAUCAGAAGUUAGAGCUGUUCUCUACUGCAGUGUCAAUUUUGUUUGAUAGACUCCAAAAGCUUUGUAGAGCAGGGGGUGACAACUUUUUUGAAUUCAUGCACACAUCUGAUAAUUUGUGGGGGAAAGCAGCACAAAACCUCUUGUAGGCACCACCACAAAAUGGCUGCUGUGGGAUCAUGGUUAAUAAUGAAGGACAAGUAACUUGCCUAUGUAACUGAGUACAAGGCAGAGCUGGUGACCGAGCCCCUGAAUUCGUUAGUUUGAUAAGUCUGGUGCAGAAAGGAACCCCCUGGUGCUCAUGAACACUGUGUUGUCUUAGAGCUGCAUCUCACCCCCACAUUCUUUUUCUCUGAUAUGGGCAAUGGGCGGGGAGGAAUUGUUACCGUCCCUUAUCAAGAAUUAUGUCACAGACUGAUGGAACUUGUAGUCUAAAACAUCUAGAGGGCCCCAGGUUGGGAGAGGCUGGUUUAAGGUUUAAAUUAAUUAUAAUUCAUGGUUAAAAACAGAAAUUAUUCUAUUUAAAUUUAAAACAGAAAUUAUGAAAUCUCAUUGCAGCUGCACCAGAGGAGCAGAAGGAAAGGAGAAAUAUACAAGGUUAAGUCUUGCUUUUGUUUUUUCAUGUAGCAGUAAACUGUGGUAUAGCAUUAUGCCUGAAACAGCCCUAUGUAAGCCCUUGAGAAUGGACACUGCCAAGACUGUAUCUUAGACAUCUGAAAAUACUCAUUUUAUUAUAAAUAAUCUGCAUUACUCAAGGUGGGUGGGGAGCAGAAAUGAUUAUCAUGGAAUAUUUUAUCUCUACCAUUGCCUCUAAUUUAGUGAGGAUUUUUAUCGCUCAUUGUUAAAAGAAGGCUUCCCUCAUUAUGAAUUUUUGUUAGCAAACAUGAGGGGCUUUUGAGACUAGCUCAAUGAAUCGGCUUUUCAUUCUUUUUUGUGGUUUGUCUUGUGACACUAUCAUGGCUAAAGGAUGCUCAGUUAACCAGGAUGACAUGGCCUUGCGGUUAUUUUCCCUUUCAAGGUAACAGUUCUAUUGUGUGCAGCUUUUUAAUGAUGUGGCUGAACUCUGGCUUUGUUAGAAGCGCUCGCAUUUCAGAGAAUGUAGUCAUUUUAUUUUUAGAGAAACUGCCCUGCUCAAAGAUCCAUUGCACUAAGGAUAUGUCAUGGGAUAGAUGAUUAAGUUGCUUUUCGGGGUGGGGGUGGGGAUCAAGUCACAAGCUAAAGUCAUGAAAUUUUCUCUGGAAACAACACAGUUUACUGUUUCAGCUAUUCUAAAGUAGCUGUGAGAUGAAUCUACGAGAAGGAAAUGGGCUCCUUUGUCUUUCCAUGCCAGAUUGAUAAUGAUUUAGUAACAAUAUUAGUCCUAAUUACAUGUUUUUCAAGUGACAAUAACGAGUUGUUGUAGGAUGGGAAUAGCAGAAAGAUUGUGUGUAAUAGGAAUUUUGGUGCAGUUUCUGUGAACUUUAUGCUGUUUGUAAAGUUUCAUUUCCUUACCCCCCCUCACUUCGUUCCUUGGCCUAGAUUCUAUGGAAUUCACUUUCUCUGGGAAUGUAGCUCAUACUCAUUUGGUAAUGAAACUCUGCUUUUUCUUCUAGGGAUUCUUCUUUCCAGACAGCUGGCUAUGAGAAAAAUAGAGUGGCUUGUCUGAUUAAAGACACCCCUUGCCCCCUCAAAACAACUAAACCAUACAUUUCACAUAUUGCAAUACUGUAUAGAUCAGGGUUCAAAAUGCAAAAACAAAACUGUUCCCCGUUUGCUAUAUUGGACAGUUGAAGUUUCUCUCUUUUAGAAGCAGCAGCAGCACACACAGAGGAAAUGCUUGCAUUUGAAUCUGUGGCUGUUCUAACACUGCCUAGUCUAUUUCCUAUUCAGAAAUCCUUUUGAAGUGUUUUAGAGCUUUCUGGAUAGGGAGGAGGUCGGUCAAAAAUUCAGCCGCCACCCAGCUCUCACAAUGGAUUCACAUCAUUUGAACAAUAGGAUCUCAAAAUAAAAUGGUUACUUAUAGGAUGCAUUCAUUGAAAGGUCUCUCUCUCUGUCUCUCUGUCUCUCUCUUUCUCUCUCCCCCCCCCCCCGUUUCAGUAACAUCCAUACAGUUGAGUGUACAUAAAAUAAUGAUAGGUUCUAUUCCUUGUUUCGCAGAUAAGAAUUAAGUAAGUUAAACCACAGAGCCUAGGGCUUGCCGAUCAAAAGGUUGGUGGUUUGAAUCCCCAUGACGGGGUGAGCUCCCGUUGCUCGGUCUCUGCUCCUGCCAACCUAGCAGUUUGAAAGCAUGUCAAAGUGCAAGUAGAUAAAUAGGUACCGCUCUGGCGGGAAGGUAAACAGCAUUUCCGUGCGCUGCUCUGGUUCGCCAGAAGUGGCUUAGUCAUGCUGGCCCCAUGACCCGGAAGCUGUACGCCGGCUCCCUCGGCCAAUAAAGCGAGAUGAGUGCCGCAACCCCAGAGUCGGCCACGACUGGACCUAAUGGUCAGGGGUCCCUUUACCUUUUAUUCCACCUCAGAAAAAGUUUCAGCUAAGUUUGUGUGUUCAUUCUCUCUGAAUAUUUAGAGCAUACAAGCUCCACACUUGGAAGUCUGUCUUCAUAGCUAUGGGCUAAAAACUGGCCUUUUCAAAGUGUGAAAGUUGAAGCUUUUGUAAUGCAUCCAGUAUCCAGAUCUCUUCCUUUUCUUUGCGUCUUCGCAACUGGGACAUGUACACCUACUGAUGUAUUGUGACUAGACAGGGCUGAAGUGCAGCAUCUAAAACAUCUCCCUGAACACAAUAGGAGAGGGAAUAAACAUUUUUCUUGCAAUAAUCUAUCAUUCCCUUUAGGCCCGUCUUAAAUGCCUUGAACACCAUCUUUUCAACAACCCACUUCGUUCCCCUUUAUCGUUAGUCUUCCAUUGUUUUGAUGUCUGUUAGAUUCCAGUAACCCAGAGUUGGGACAAAUUCUGAUUCAUCAUCAGGUAUCUUGGGUUUCAUCCUAUAGAAGGGCUGUGUUUUCAGAGGCAAGGGAUGUGCUGCUCCAAGCUGUGAGCUACUAACUUAUUUUGCACUGAAUAAUCAUAGCAUAGCAUUUCCUGUGUCUGGAAUUCUGCUACAUUGCCCUUUUCCACAGUUGCAUCUUUGUUGUGGGACAAGAAUGAACAAUUAGGAGCAGUUUGGUAACACAUUUUAAGUAGUGCUUAUCUACACAUAUACUGUUUGCCCUAACACUGUCUCCAAUGUUAAGAGGGUUUUUAUUUGUUUUUGUUUCACCUUUCUGCGUUUCUGAUACUAAAUCAUUAAGGGCUUAUCUUCACAGGUUUGCAUUUCUGAGUUUAAACUAGAGCAGUUGCUUGCUACCAAAGUGGGAGCCUUCAGUUCUCAAUUCUUCUUGUUUAGAUUGGCCAAACACUCUCACCUGCACUUCAAAGGUUCAUGCAUGUGCAUCGUGCAUGGGACAAAAUACUAAUGUGGUGAUGUUUGUGUCACAGGGAAGAGGGGACCAUUGCAGGAGAUACUGUUGACAAAACUGUUUUUCAGAAUGGCUCUGUAAUGAUAACCUUACUCAUUAAAACUUCUCUCUCUCAUAUAUUCUGACUUUAUUAAAACCUUCACAGCAUAUUCACAAAGGGACUAUGGGUUUCCUCUUGAAACACAAUUUUUAAAUGCCCAGGAGAGGACAAAGCUGAAUGAAAAAGCAUUAAGCAAUAAUUGAUUUGUGAGAGCAAGCUCUGAGACUUGUUGCUAUGGCUCUCUGGCGUACUUGUCUCAUGUUCUUUAGAGAUUUUAGUACAAUUGCUCCUGCUUUCCAUCUGUGCAAAUGAAACCAGGUGGCCUGCCUCAGGGCUUUAAGUGGCCAUUAGCUGAUUAGGAUUUAGGUUAUGGCUCUGUUGGCUUAGGGAAAGUAUUACUGUGGCCUUGGACAAAGCUAUAACUUUAAAAAAAAAUGGUUUGAUUUUUAAUUGUGUUUUAAGAUUGUUUAAUCUGGUGCCUCUAUUCUUGUGGACUCAUUGUGGUGAAAGAAAAAAUAUUUUCUACAUUCAAUAUAGUUGGGUUCUCCCCCAUCCCCAUUUCUUUGGAGGUACUAAGUCCUCCUACAUCUUGAAAGAGGUUGGAUGUAGUGUCCCUGUUUAAAAUGACUUUUGGGGAGAGUCUGUGGAUGGUUUUCUUCUUGGCUUAAGUCUCACAUAAUGUCAUAUUUGAAUUUAGGAAGUUUUCUCCUAGAUUAAAAGUCUGUUUGUCUCAGAUAGUGGUACUGAAAACCACCACCACCACAUUUUCCUGUAGUGUGUGGUUCUUUUAUUGUUUGGUACUAUCUGUUCUGUGGGCAUUUUGAGCGGUUCUCCUCUCUGCUGCCCUCUGCUUGUGAGAUGUUAUAGUCUGCAUUAUGUAGGUCAAUUCAAGAUGAGUCGUUAGGUAGCAGGACUGCCUUGAUGUAAGUCACUGGGCUAGGUUAUCUUCUGGCCUUUUCAGCCAUAUGAGUCAUUGAAGCCAAAUAGUCUUUCGUUCUUCCAGUGCACGUUUUAGGAGAAGUGUGUCCUGUAUAAACAUGUCUUUUAAUUUCAGCAUUUUCUCCAGUUUGGAUCAUUGCCAUUACCCUCCAGAGACACCAAAUAAUUUAAGCCGCCGGAGUGUUCAAGAGAUGAACAUUGUGUGGUUGUAAUGCUGAUAUGUGUGGCUGAGAAGAAAGACACAGAAUAUAUAAUGCUUUGUACAAGAUGAUGCAAACUGUAGUGUGUGUGUGUGUCUUGGGGAAUCUUUGUUGGUUUAAGUAUUGUUCACAAUAAGAGUUUUGUUCUAAAAUGGAAUUUUAAAGGCUUCAGUGAGGUUAGUACAAUGUACAUUAAAGAAAAGGGUUUGUGUGUCCUUCCAUUUACAAAGCCAAACAAUACCAGAAAUAACUGGUGUUGGGGUUUUUUAUUUAAAAAAAACGCAUGUUGAAAAGAAUACCAAACCCAUGAUUUAAGGAUGUAUUACAGAUUUUUUUUUAAAAAAUCAACUGAAAUCCCCAUGAGAUUGGCAGCUAAGAGCUUUUCUAAAACUAGCAGUGAGGGAUACACUGUGGGCCCCAAUUCCAUUCCAGUCAGGUUUCUCCAAAUCCUCAUGUGUCUGGAUUAAAUCACUAAAUUAAAUUAAAAGAUAUAUAAAUAAGUGUGAUUUAAACUGUGUGAGGGGCUGCAGUAUGAGUGGGGAAUGACUUGGAUUGUUUGCAAACUAGUCUUCUGAAAAAAGCUAAAAAUAUAAUCACUGCAACAGAUGUGUUGCUGGUUACCAAUACAGCUACCACUGCCACCACUUUCUCCAACCUCAGGAUGGUGAUACAGUGGUGCCCCGCAAGACGAAUGCCUCGCAAGACGGAAAAACCGCUAGACGAAAGGGUUUUCCGUUUUGAAGUUGCUUCGCAGGACGAAUUCCCCUAUGGGCUUGCUUCGCAAGACGAAAAUACCUUGCGAGUCUUGAGAUUUUUUUUCGCUUUCCCCCCCCUUUAUCUAAUCUGCUAAGCCUUUAAUAGCCUUUAAUAGCCUUUUAGCAGCUAAUCCCCUAAGCCUUUAAGCCUUUAAUAGCCGCUAAACCGCUAAUAGCGCUAAUAGCGCUAAUCCGUCAAUGGGCUUGCUUCGCAAGACGAAAAAACCGCUAGACGAAGACUCUCGCGGAACGGAUUAAUUUCGUCUUGCGAGGCACCACUGUAUUAUGUGAGCUGAGACAUCUCGUAUUCCAUUUUGAAUAGUCCAUAUUCUCCUUUCAUUUCCUAUGAGCUGCUUCUUCAAUCUCACAUUCUCUAUUUCUAUCAGCUGCACCAAAGAUUGACCAAUCAAUGUAAAAUAGUUGAGGUAAUUACAGCCAAUAACAUGCUAACUUAUCAUAUGUCAAUUUAUGACAAUAUUUUACCACUGUCAUUUUGGGGUGUACAUGUACGCCAUUGGUCCACCACUCACAGAUUGACAAGGCUGGUUACUGAAAUGCUAGAGAUAUUUCCCCAUACACUGUCCAAAACACUUUCGUGAUCAGAAGUAUCUGGAAAUAGGAUACGAUUACUUAGGUACCAAUUGAAGCUAUCCUUUGCUGUGGACUUCAGAAUGGUAGAGAAUGAGGCACCCACUGGAAUGCGAAUGUGUUGUCAGACAAGGUUGAUGUCUGGUGCAUGGAAAAUGCUUUUUGCCACUCUUUCCUCUGCAUCUCUUGUGGAAGAUGCUGGUUUUACGCUUGCAAAAUAUCUUGUCAAAAAUGAUGCUUGCUAUGGGGCAACUAUAUUUACAGUGCUCUUUCAUUGUCCCAAUCCCGCUAAAGAAAAAGUGCUGUAUGUUUUAAAAGGGUAACUGACAGGUGUCCGUUCUAGUAAAGGAUAACAUGACCCAUUCAUUUCCUUCAGGAUAAUUCCCUAUUGUAUAAUCGCAACAUGCUUUCCUGUUUGUUUUGUUUUUUCAAUAACCCCUGGCCUAAACUUCCUGUUCAUCAGCUUGGAAUGAUGGUAGCGUUUUGGCUAUACAACUGCUUUUCCAUCUUUUGACAUUACUCAUCAACCUCUUAAAAUUCUCCGGAUUUAUCCAAUGCAUAAUAAAAUUCCUAUCAUCCAUCUAUCUAUCUAUCUAUCUAUCUAUCUAUCUAUCUAUCUUUCUAAUUUCUUGGCUUGAUAUUCUUCUCUGCUUGUACAUUCAAGGAAUGGGAUAGGGAUUAUAUAAAAUGUAGAUGCGUGUGUGUGUGUGUGUGUGUGUGUGUACACACACACACACACACACACACACACACACACACACACACACUCUUUGUAUACCUUAAGAUCAUAAACUAUGUGAAGGUGUGCUGAAGAAUGUGUUUGAAGAUAGUGAAACAGUUUGUUGCUGUACAACAGGAUGUACAGUAAGCAGGCAGCUUAUGCAGGGGUUAUGUUCCGGCGGAUUGUGCCUAAAGCCAAAUUAUGCAUAGUCAAAAUCUAUUGAGCUCAAUGGUAAGUGGGAUUCCCAAAUCAUUUCCCCCAGAACCUCACACCCUUUCUAUUUUUAUUUAUUUAUUUUGCCCGCACAUGAAGCUGAAUGUGCAAAAGUUAAAUGCACAUACGUUGUGGGCUUGCUGUAUUUAUUGAAAUAUUCCUCUCUCCACCACUCCUUAUGGCAGCCAUUCCUGGACAAGGCAGUUGAGUUAUGGUCUGACUGUGGCUGUUGCCAACUAUAUAAUUAGUCAACUAAGAAGAAUGAAACAAUGACUAUUUUGGAGGAAGGGACACCCAUUAAAAACUCAAUAAGCAGAUACUAAGAAUGGUUUUCUUGGCAGUUAGUGCCAAUAUAUCUAGAUCAGAUUGUGCAGAAACUGCGCUAUUGUACUGACUAUAAGUAGAUGGAGAGUUUUCCCAUUCACAAGGCAAGUUGUACAGUGUAUUGGAUAGGCCAAUAGUGAUAAGUGGGAGCAGUUUGCCGCUUAAUCACAAAAGUGUAUGUGUCACAGGCCUUAAUGCAUUUGUGCCUGGCGGUCUUUGAUUCUGUUCUCUGGCCUUAUCGUGCUCUUAUUGAAGGUGGCGAUAAAGCUUCCGCUAUUGGUGUAAACAACGCUGCCCUGAAUGCCUGAGAACGUUUACCCCGUUGGGGCUAUCUAUAACUCGCUAUUCAUUAUGUGUACCGCUAUUAUGUGCCUCUCCAUGCUUUCCCGUAUAUCUCCAUUCUUAAGAUAAGUGUAAUGAAAAGAAAUAUCUUAAGAGUUCAGUUUCUGUUUCUAGUUCUCAUAUAAAGAUAAACUUGUUUGCAUGUGCUCUUCCAUGUAACUCCUGAAACACCUUAUGUUUCCCACCUCUUCAUGGCUGCCACGUACUUAGGUGUUACUGUAACAGAAGUGAUGCUCCCAGGACGCUCUGGCCAGAAACACUUAUUUUCACCUUCAGCAAGUUGCUAGUCUCUCAGUUCUUCCAGCUGAAUCUCUUGCACCAGAGAGUGGUUCAUUGCCCAUGUGGUUCACUUGGGAAGUGCAAGUACUUCCCUCCCAGUUGUUUAUUUAGAUUUGCUAGUCAUCUUGGUUCUCUCCUUUUGGAAAAUUUUUCUUAAAACAUAUCUGUCAUCCUUUGGCAGGAUGUUUACAUUACAAACAGGCUUGUAUAACCUCCUGAGAGGCACUGCUGCUGCUAAGGAUUUGGCCUGCUAAAGAUAUCAUUCAAGAGGUAUUGUUGCCAGCUUUGUUCCUUUAUCAUUAUUAUUCUACUGGCACGUUUUCUAAACCCUUUGCAAGCUUGUACUGCAGACAUUGGGAGGUGAGAAUGCUUAGCUCCAUACCAUAAAAACCUCCAUCUGCUGAUUUCUGCAGAUAAAAAGCAGGGAAGCAGGGCAGUCCUAAGGGGGAGGUAAAAAAAAAAAAAUCUCACCAAAACUGACAGGAUGCCUGUCUUGCUGCCCUGUCCUGUGCAUGUUUACUUGUACAUAAACACCACUUAACACAGUGGGAUGUGUUUGCAGGCUGGAAUGGGUUGGAUUGCAUUCUUGAGCUCCUUCCAUAGAAAGGUCUGUAGAGACGGAGAGACCCUGUGAAAUGCUUUCAGAAUCUGCAACUAUUAGGCUGCAUUCAUACCACACAUUUAAAGCACUAUGAUACACUUCAAACAGCCUUGGCCUCCGAAGAAUUCUGGGAGCUGUAGUUUGUUAGGAGACCCCUCUUCCUCACAGAGAGCUACAAUACCUAGAGUUCUUGUGAAGAGGGAUUGAUUGUUUAACCACUCUGGAAAAUGGCAGCUCUGUGAAUUCCCAGGAUUAUUUGGAGGAAGCCAUGACUGUUUAAAGCGGUAUCAUAAUGCUUUAAAUGUAUGGUGUGGAUGUGGCUUAGGAGUGCAACACCUGACUGGGCUUUUUCUGAAUGCACUUUUAUACAAUCAAAAGAGCCUGUCUGGCUGUUGGGAGGGAAAUAAUGGGAGAGAAUUGGCAGGAAUGAAUUGUGAAGUAGAGUGCUUCUGGGCUGUUUAGUGUGUGGCUGCUGAGGUCAGCUAAUACUUUUUGGUAUGCAUUUUAAUUACUGUUAAGUAAAAGAAGUAAGUCACAAAUGUUAGGAAUGUGUUGUUUGUUUUUAAGGAGAGGUGUUGCCAUUAUUUGAAACAAUUGUCACUUGCACAAUAUCAAUUCAAAAAUAUUGAAGCUCCUGCUGUGAAGGUAUUUUAAAAUAUAUUUAAACAAAUCCCUAUUCCUCCCAAGUAUAAAGUGCCAAGCAGGAACUUAGUGCAGUUUUGUUUUCCAGCUAUGUUAAUAUUUUGGCAUGUGGCUACUUGCAAUUACAAUAAAACUGUUUUGACAUUUGUGUUUGAGGUUUAUUAGGGUGGAAGCUUUAAUCUUGUCUCACUGAGCUAUUUUGUGUGUGUGUCGUUCAUUAAAAAUAAGGGAAAUGAUUACUGAAUAUUUGCCAUGACACUGUUCCUGCCAUAAGGGGAAGUCAUAGGACAGACUUACAAAAACAGUUUCAUUAGGAGCCAAUUUCCCCCACCUCCCCCCUAGGGCUGCUUCAUUUAGCUUUGGGGGUUUCUGACGGCCCUAUUUUAUCUUGUAGUUCAGUGUAAUAAAGAUUGGAUAAGGGAAAAUGCAUGCUGCUUAUGCUAAAACACAAUUAUGAUGCCCCAAAUGGAUUUUCAGAAUUUAAGCCAUCAGCAGCCAACAUUUGAAGCAACAUACAAUUGAAAACUAGUUCUUAGAGCUACAAAGCAUGUUGUGGAUACUAAGCAGGCCAAAGAUAGCACUUAGAGCUCAGAACCAGGGGCCUUUUAGGGAUGGUUAAAUGCUUGGUUGCCUGGGGUGGUCCAACAGUUGAUUGCAGAUUAGUUACUAACUUGGUGACUCACUUUCUCUUCUUAAAUGAUGGGCAGGUCAUCUUGGAGGUGUUCAGUGCCACUAAGAUAAAUCUGCCACCUCCUUUUGUUGAUAUGCUGCCAUUGUUUCAAACAUACAAUCUACCUGUCUGCUUCUGAGUUCAUGGGUAGAGGGGGGCACUGUUGCUUCAAGUCACUUCCAACAGGACAUGUACUGGGGACCAAGUAGAGGCAGAAGGGUGGCAGCAAGUAAUAUUAUCACAUAUUGGCAGCUUCUCUUUAUGUCAGUCUUCCUCUCUGCUCUCACGUAGCACACAUAGGCUGUCUGGGGUACAGGGCUCCAGACUGGCUGCUUUCUCUCUUCUGGGAUGCCUACUUAACAAUUGCCCCAAGUUUUAGAUCAGGGGUCAGCAAACUUUUUCAGGAGACCUUGUGGGGGGGCCGAACUGUAUUUUGAAAAAAAUAAUAAUGAAUGAAUUCCUACGCCCCACAAAUAACCCAGAGAUGCAUUUUAAAUAAAAGGACACAUUCUACUCAGGUAAAAACGGGCUGAUUCCCAGACCGUCCAUGGGCUGGUUUAGAAGGCUAUUGGGCCGGCUCUGGCUCCCGGACCUUAGUUUGCCUACCCAUGUUUUAAAUUAUAGAAGCAGUUGUUGAGCAAAUCUGUUUAUGUCAGCAAUGAAAUUGUCUAGUCAGUUCCUCUUUUGGCCCCAAAUGUAGCAGUGUGACUACUGCAGUUUGGAUCUCCCCACCUCAACCUAGUGUGCUAAGGUUUUUUUGUGUGUGUGUUUCUAUUGAGGUGUCAGUUGUGUCUAGCAAUGUAUUCAUUUAAAAACUAGUUCCAGCUGAACACUGGCUGAGAGACAGAAUUUUUCUCCACUGGAAAAAUGUCAUUCUUACUAGGAUUACAAGAACAGGGAGCAGAGGAACUUUGUCCAAAUAAGGAGUGUGUUUGUAUCUGAUUAGUCUGUUAAAAUCUAGCCUAGAAUCUGCACAUAUCAGUAGCUGGGGGGAGGGGCGAGCAGUUUUCUUAGCAUUGCAACCUAAAUUAGCAAAUUCCUAACAAUGUCUCUUCUUCCUGUUUUUUUUAUUAUUAUUUGCAGACACCAGUCAACAGGCUCGCUCUGUAUCCCACAGGCCUUAUUACACACUGCCUAACAGUAGCCAUGAGAGGCGGUCUGUCCUCACCAUUACUGAACCUCCGCGAUUCCAUUUCCAGGCCAAAGGAAAAAACAUACGCCUGGAUGCCCAUUCCCGCAAAGCCACUCGGAGGAACAGUUUCUGCAACGGCGUCACUUUCACCAACCGGCCCAUCCACCUCUACGAGAAAGUGCGUCUCAAGCUGGUGUCCGUGCACCACGGGUGGAGCGGGGCCCUGCGCUUUGGCUUCACCACUCACGAUCCAUCGCAGAUGAGCGCAGACGACAUACCAAAAUACGCCUGCCCAGACCUGGUGACACGGCCAGGCUUCUGGGCCAAAGCCCUGCCAGAGAGGUUUGCACUAAGAGACAACAUCUUGGCGUUCUGGGUCGACCGCCAUGGGAGAGUUUUCUAUAGCGUUAAUGACGAAGAGCCAAUUCUGUUUCACUGUGGCGUCAAAGUCUCCGGGCCUCUCUGGGCACUGAUAGAUGUCUAUGGAAUCACUCAUGAAGUGCAAAUACUAGGUAGGUGUAUAUGGUCUGUUAAAAAAAUCUCCUUCUGUAUAGACCCUUUCGUCAUGUCUCCCUUCUCUCAGAACAAGCUGUGUGAGGUAGGUAGCGGUGCUUAUGUUGUAAAGUGUAAAGCCCGGAUACUAAGCUUGCAUUUUCAUUUUCAUCCAGUCACUGUUACUGGGUAAAGGUAAAGGGACUCCUGACCAUUAGGUCCAGUCGUGGCCAACUCUGGGGUUGCGGCACUCAUCUCGCUUUGGCCGAGGAAGCCGGCGUACAGCUUCCGGGUCAUGUGGCUAGCAUGACUAAGCCGCUUCUGGCGAACCAGAGCAGCACAUGGAAACGCCGUUUACAUUCCCGCCACAGCGGUACCUAUUUAUCUACCUGCACUUUGAGGUGCUUUCGAACUGCUAGGUUGGCAGGAGCAAGGACUGAGCAACGGGAACUCAUCCUGUCACAGGGAUUCGAACCGCCGACCUUCUGAUCAGCAAGUCCUAGGCUCUGUGGUUUAACCCACAGCACCACCUGUGUCCCUAACACUGUUACUGGGACUCGGGUUCAAAUCCCUACUUAGGUAUGAAGCUUACUGUCUCUCUGCCAAGCCUACCUCACAGGCUUGCUGUGAGGAUAAUAAUGGAGAAGGAAAGAACCAGAUGUGCCACCAAGAGCUCUUGGAGGAAAGGUGGAAUGUAAAUGUAAUAAAUAAAUGAAAUAAGCAAGCCCCUGCUUGCAAAUGUGAGAUCUUCAGGUGGGCAUUCAGCUCCCUCGUGGUUAAAUUGGAUUGCACCAUGGGGCAGAUAAGCUGGCAACAGAUAUUUUUUCCCCAAUUACAGUUGCCUAAAUUAAUACGCCAACACUUCAGAAAUUUAAAACCAAUGCCAGAAACUGCUCAUAGUAUUUAUAUUGGUAGCCUGUUCCUAUUACAUAAACUCACUUGAUAAAACUGCAGGUGUAUUUGUUGCAUUGGUGCCCUUGGUGUGAGAUAGCUUUUAACUUUUGGAUCUGUGAGCCCCACAACCAAGGAGACCAAGCCAAUGACAUGAGGCCUCUUCCCCUUGCAUUGGCUCCACAGAUUGCCAGCUGUGUGUACCAUGCAGUGCCAUGACUCAUCCUCCCUCUCCAGCUCAGGCUUUAUAACCAUUAUCUCCUGUGACGGCCACUUAGAGCCUCUCAUGUGGCAUUCCUGCCCUAUCGGGGUUUUUUAGAAAGCACAGCACCUUGACACAAGAGAAACGCCAGCUUCUCUGCUUAUCAGAGGACUCCAGCGAGGGCAGCAAUGUUGUAAUUCUCUUUCCAAGAGUUUGGAAGCUUUUCCAAAGCAUUGGGUUUUUCCUCUUCUUGAAUCUAUUCCGUCCAGGCAAGAGAUUCCUCACUCUUGAUUUAUCACCUUGUCCUGUAGAGUUCAGGUGAUAGCUUGGCUUCAGUUGGCGUACCUAGAAGUACAGCUCAAUGAGCCAUGAUUGUGGACUUAUUUUUGUCCUUAUAGACAAGCCUGAUAGUAUGUGUUUACAAAGCACUAGGGAUCUUGGAUGCUGCCUGUGAUGUAAUCUGCUGCCUCCAGUGUUCUCAGAACAUGAGCACUAAUACAUGCGUCUAAUGACAGCUUUAUCUGAAUAAAGCUGUCACAACCCCCUCCCCCCUUUCUGGUAUUGGUUUACUGCACAUAUCUGCAGCUCUACAGUUGACUUCAAAGGACAGAUUUGGCAUUCCUGUCAUCUUAAUUGUGGACAUGAUUGUUAAAGAUAACGUAGCUUCAGCACUAAUGACAUAAUGAAUGCAUUAAUGGAGAAUAGUUCAAAUCAUUCUUAAAUAGGCACAGUUUAAAUUGGGGCUCUUAAAAUUUUGAAAACCACCACCACAACCUCUCCCCAUCUCCCCAAAUUCUAAAGCCCCCUUUCCAUGUCCUUCCACACCCCAAACAAGGGACACUUUUCCUGCUUAAAAUUAAACAAUCACCUAGGAAUAGUUAAGUGCCUUGCCAAAAGGCUAUUGAAAUUUAUUCUGUGCCUUGCAUAAGUUGGUAUUUAUGCCAUACCAAGACCUAGCGUGAUUCUGAAAAUUGUCUUUACAUUUUCACUGUGCCCUACUAAGCCUUGUCAGAAAGCUAUGGUCUGUGGUGUGUUAGAUCCUGCAUUAUGACCCGGGGUAGAGUUGAAGGAGCACAGCUCCUAUGAAGUGAAUUAUACAAUGGCUAGCUUGUCAGUGGAGGCAGCAGGUAGAAGCCAGGCCAUUUCUCUCUCCCCCUGUAGUCUGUGGAACUAUAGUUUACAAUGUGCUAUAGCACUUGUUGGCCACAGUCAAUUAAUUUGGACUGUGUGCCAAAAGCCCAUAAAAAUAAAUGAGCAUAACAGCACUUAACUCUUGCUGAAUUUUGAUCAGAGCCUUCAAAAGUGCUUGGCCGCCUCUUUCCCUUCAGAGCAUCCAUAUGAAAUAGAUCACUAUUAUUACCAUUUUAUAGUUCACUAUUAUUACCAUUUUACAGGUAGAAAUGUAAGAGAAAGUGAGGGCCAAGUUGGAUCACUUUUGUAGUGUCAGUAAUUGGGGAGUGGCUGGAAGACGGGAACAGAGGGUACCCCAAAUAUAGAACUGUAGAUGCUUCACAAAGCAGGAUGCACUAUGUACAAAUUCAUUAUAUCAACUCUUAAGAUUGUAGAUGUGAAGCUUUUAUGACUUAAGCAAUUAGAGAAAGCCACUCCUUUGAAAUAUUGAACUGGCUACUUGAGAUCCUGAGGAGGAAGACAGGCUUUACUUUAACACCCCCUCCCAGAUUCCUUCUGUCAAGAAAAGCUAUGUGGCUAAUCAAAAUUGAAAGCUGUUUAUACAUUUGAUUUUUCCAUAUAUUGCAUUGAUAAUCAACUUUAAGCACUUCAGAUAAAUUUUCAAUACAUUUCCACUUUUAAGGAGGCUAAAAUGCAUGCAAAUGCAGCAGAGUUAUGUGUAACUUAAAAUCAAGUUUAACAGUGUAAACCUGUGUACGUUUUCCCAGAAGUAAAUCCCACUUAAUUCAGUGUGUUUUAUUCCUAAGUAAGCACGCACAGUACUGCAGCCUUAAGCUGCCAUCCACAAGUCAUGCCAUGAAUUACUGUCUAGGUAGUGGCCACCAGAUUAUAGAUCUAAGAUUUUGGGGAAAUAAUCUUAUGAUGAUUCUUCCUUUUAGAAAUCUGAAUGUCCUAAAUCAAAAUUUGCCGAAGUAUCUUGCCCUUUGCUUUCCUCAUACCCAUUCUUUUUCUCGUUAUCAACUCUCAAUAACUAUACAGGGGAAUGGUUCAUAUGGAGUGAUGUGCUUCUAGUUUUAUGCUUUGGGGCUAGAAAUGUUUGUGGUUUUUUUUUGUUUUUUUGUUUACAUUGGGCACUAUCAGAUGGGAUGUUGUGCUGGGAGAGAGUUUGUCGCUUGUUCACAUAGUCUGUCAGUAACAAAUAGUCUAGUGUGCUUUGAAACAUUUUUUUAAAGGUCACUACUGCUAUUUUAGCAUGCAAGUACAUUACACACAAUUUAUUAUUAAUGGUCUAAAGUGAUUAAAAGAGACUCUUUCCAGUCUCUCUUACAUGAAUUAAAUUGGCAAGGACGGGGUGGGGGUGCGGAGGUAUGAGAGAGAUGAGACGAGGAAGGAAUAUUUAUUCUCUCAAGUAGGUAGUGUAGUUUGCAGAAUCUGCUUUUCUGCAAUUAAGUGAGGCAGUGAACAGAAACAGGUCUCUUUUUGUGAGCACCAAAUACAAGUCUGCAAGGAAUAGAGGCCCCUGCAUCGGGCAACCAGCUUGUAGUACGGUGUUCCAUUGGACAGCGCUCCCGUAGAAUAGCAAAUAUUCGUGGAGCUUUGUUUGAUGGAAGAAUUCCUAACUGCCUUGAAAAUUCUGUGUUUCCAGAUAUUUUUCUUUAUGUUCCUUUUUCCCACUUUAAUUGGAAACACAGUUGGACUAGGAAAAGUAUCAUAUUUGAUGUUUUAAGUAUGAUGAAGGAGUGGCCAAAAAGCAACGAUCAAGCCAGGGUAAGCUGCCAUUUUCAGCUUGCCUCUAAUACAGCUUUUCCUUCUCGUUGCCUCACAGACAGCAUGUUUGCCGAGACGAUGACCUCUACCCGUCUCAGCAACGCACGACUCAGCACUUGCCUUCCACAGAGCAGCCACGACUCAGCCAACUUCAACAACAACGAACUGGAGAACAACCAGGUGGUGGCCAAAAUUGCUAAUCUGAACUUGAGCCGUAUGCCUGCGCUGCCAACAGAUAAUCACACCAUCCCUUGCUGUCCAAGCAGGCGGCAGCUUGCCCAAGUGGUGCCUGCCUUUCUCGAUACAGAUCUGCGUUUCCACCCUACUCGUGGGCCCGACAUUAACUUUUCUCAGGACCGGAUGUCUGCCUGCACCAACUGGCAAGAGAGCAAUAGGACUUUGGUGUUUUCCGACCGGCCUUUGCACAUUGGCGAAAGCCUCUUUGUGGAAGUUGGACACCUGGGGCUGCCGUACUAUGGAGCCCUCACGUUUGGCAUCACUUCUUGUGAUCCUGGUACUUUACGAACAAAUGAGCUCCCAGCGGAUCCAGACUUCCUUCUGGAUCGCAAGGAAUACUGGGUGGUUUGCCGAGGUUUCCCAGUCCUCAACAAUGGGGACAUCCUCAGCUUUGUGGUCUUGCCAAAUGGAGAAGUGCACCAUGGAAUAAACGGGAUCAACCGUGGGAUGCUGAUGUGCGUUGAUACCUCGCAGUCACUGUGGGUAUUUUUCACGAUCCAUGGUGUAAUCAAUCAACUCAAAAUAUUAGGUAAGUGCAGCUCAAAAAUAUGGGUGUAGUGUAGUGUAACGCUGAGAUUUCUUUACAGCUUUGAAGAGGCAUUGCAUUCUCCCUGGCUUCAGUGGGCUGUUGCCUCUCUCUCUGGCAUUUUAUAGGCCAGCUAAACCCUUGUUGCCACCAGCUGUGCCUUGCAUUGGCAUUGCUGAAGCAUGAUCUUAUAUUUGGGGAGAUAUUCAAAACCAGAUGACUCUGCCGCUUGUCUGGCAACUUGCAUGUACUUUUUCAUAAACUGAAGCUGGUAAAUGUGCAUACUGUUCUACAGUGGUACCUCAAGUUACAAACACCUCAGGUUACAAACUCCACUAACCUGCUAGAGUUACCUCGAGCUGAGAACUUUGCCCCAGGAUGAGAACGGAAAUUGUGUGCCAGCGGCGCAGCGGCAGCAAGAGGCCCCAUUAGCGAAAGCACACCUCUAGUUAAGAACAGUUUCAGGUUAAGAAUGCACCUGCGGAAUGAAUUAGGGUCGUAACUAGAUGUACCACUGUAUACUGUUUCUACAAGCCUAUGUGAUCCAUGCGAUAGAGCAGAGAGGGAUCUCGGUCACAUCUGACUAGAACACUCAGGUAGGCCCUGGUGUAUGGAUCAAUGUUACGCCAGUGCUGUAAGCUGCUGUAAGCAGCUUCAGUGGCCCUAGCACAGUUGCAAAGAUGCAGACUGCCCUCUUGUACCACCACCAGUCCCCUUUUUGGUCACAUACCAGUUUAUGGGCCGUUUUGCCAAUACAGAGGUCAGAUCACUACUUGAGUUUUAUAUUCCUGGCUGAAAACUAGCAUUGCUUUGGAAUAGGGCUGAUUGUAGUCCCAUAAUUCAGAACAUCAGAAUUGCCUUGCACAAUCAGCCCAAGAUUCCUCUGCUCCAGCAUUCUCUUGCCAAAAAGCAGCCAAGCAGGGCAUGAGGAUUAUGGCUACAUUCCACUCUCACUUUGUUCUCAGCUUCUGGUCUGGAUACAUGUACCACUUCUGAGCAGGGAAGUUCCAUUUAGCUAUCCUGACUUAGAAGGCAUCACUCUCAGUUGGCUGCACCCUUUUGGCUAGGUGGGGGUAGGCUGUAUUUUAGUAACUUGACAUCUUUCUUGGGGUCCUAAGUUCCUGUUUACAAGGUCCUUUGUAAGUGGAAUUCACAGGACCUCUUUUCCUUUUCUUCAGACUGGUGAUGCCCGCAAACCCUGCUUUGGACCAAACCACAUACCCCACAUGUAUGGUGUCAGGUGUAGGGGCAGGUGGGUGUGGCUUGGUCAAAACAGUCUCAUGGGCCCAUGUUCUAGACAUUCUCCACCACUGGUCUUCAACCUCCUGGUUGGAUCUUGCCAGUAAGAUUUUUGCCCCUAUCUGAAUUGGGUGGGAAUAGAGUGAGCUUUAACGAGGCAGUUAAGGCAAGCUUGGAACCAGAGGAAGCUCAUUGUCUUUAAACAAAUCAACCUGCUAAUAAGUAUUACAAAAUACCAAGUUCCCAAUUACACAGUAAGUCUGUUGUGGAGAUGAAAUGGAUGGUGUUGUCCCAGGGUAGACUCAGUUCAGCACUGCAUGCCUGAGAGAUUCCUGCCCCACCCCUGAAGCUGACGGAACCUGUUAUUUUGUAUUUUCAGGCACUGUGCAGUCCAGCCCUGUGACAGUCUCUCCCUCAGGAUCCCCUGGAGGCUCCCAAUAUGACAGUGACUCAGAUAUGGCUUUCAGCGUGAACAGGUCUUCUUCCGCUUCUGAGUCAUCCCUAGGUAAGGGACCCUUUCGCUUUGUGCCUCCUGCACUCUUGUUGUUUGAAUACACACAUUUCACCCUGCCCAAAAGUUACGAGCCAGACCUUACAAGUUGAGUCUUGCUUUGCCUGAACGAGGCAUGUUGCAAUUUGCACAGUGUGUGCCAAACUUCCUCUUUCUUCCUGUGACAGAGGAGCGUCCAGAUUUCCUAAAGCUGCUGUUGGGGUUGUGUUAGACUUUAAUGCAAGCAGAUGGAAGCCCUGAGAGUAACAAAUGAGGUGACACCUGUUGCUGUCUGUAGGAAAUAUCUGUUACAUCUUCCUACCUGAGGGAUGGCUCAGUUGGUAGAGCAUGGGACUAUUAAGCUCAGGGUUGUGGGUUUGAGCCCCACAUAGAGCAAAAUAUUCCAGCACUGCAGAGGGUUGGACUAGAUGAUACUCAUGGUCCCUUCUAACUCUACAAUUCUGUGAAGCCUAGAGAAACUAAAGCUACUUUACAAAUCUGUCACACCCAGAACUCCAUGGCAUGAUAAGUAAGAAGAGGAGUUUGGACUUGAUAUCCCGCCUUUCACUCCCCUUAAUCUCCUUUUCCCUUCUGUGAGGUGAGGCUGAGAUACUUCAGAUAAGUGUGACUAGCCCAAGGUCACCCAGUGGCUGCAUGUGGAGGAGCGGGGAAGCGAACCCAGUUCACCAGAUUAUGAGUCCACCGCUCUUAACCACUACACCACACUGGCUCCCAAGAGUAGAUGCCCCACUUUACCUGAACAGGAAAACCCAUUGCAUGGCAGCCUGUUCUAGGGGAAGGGGAGCAAGGUGCUGCCCCAGUGCCCCCACAGAGCCAUUGUUUGUCUAUCUCAAGGGUGGGGAAUCUUUGGUGGAUGCCAACUCUCAUCAGUCCCAGCAGGCAUGGCCAAUGAGUGGGAAUCAUGGAAAUGGUCAUGAGUCCAACAUCAGGAGGGCCGCAGGUUUCUCAGCCCUGGUCUAUUCCCACAGUGGUUUCAUGAACUGCUCCAGAAGGGGCUCCCUUGGUUGGGGUCAUAUGAUCCCCAUGUGACAUUCGUAACAAGAAAUGACCUUGUGUAUGAAGAGCUGUCCUAUGCUAUGUAACGUGUGUUUUCUGCAGAACCAGGGUAGAUAGAACAUGAAAUGCAAUACAAAAUCAUUUGUAUUAAAAACCAACAACAACCCAAAAUUCACACAAAUGUCACUCCACAUGGCGCUACUGAAAUCCUGCAAGGAAUAAAGUUCCUAUUGAUGAGUGAAAUAUGGACUUCACAACCACUGAACCACAGCUGGAUGAAAGCCAAUACAGCAUAAUCCAUCAUCAUGAGCUACUCUGCUCCAGAAAUAUUAAGAGCUGGUAAAACAUCCUUUGCUGGUUCAAAGCUCAUGCUAUAGGAUUCUAUUAAUGGAGCUUUAGAAUACAAAGUAUAUGAUUGAAAACAUUUUCUUAGUACUUUUAUACUUUUAUUUAUUGAAUUCGUUAUUAAAUCUCCGACCAUACAAAUAUUAACGCCAGGUAGCUACGAACAGCCCCAAAUCCCAUUCAUUAAAUGCAGAGCUGCUGUGCCAGUUACUGUAAAUAAUUUUUAAAGAAGCCAGCUUGUUUCUGUGAUAAGUUUUAUGUGCUGCUAUAUAAAAUUCAGCUGAAUAUUCUGCUAUGCACUUUAGAAAUGGACUUUUAAAGAAAGUACCCCACCCCUUGCAAAUACCAGAUUCGGAAAGUUGCCGCAGCCGGUAUGACUGCCAGGCAGCGAAACAGAAUGGAUAAGUGGUUCCUGCAACAGCCACAGCAGGGACAAAUUAUGAUAGACAAAGUCUAUGUAGCAGCACCCCAUGCAAGUCAUACUGCAUGGCUUUGGUCUUUUAAAACCUAAGUGACAACUGUUUGAAACUGUAGUUUUUAUGAAUGUGGAAACAGGAUUGAUAGAGGUUUUGCUUCCCACAAAGGGUAUAUAUGCAAACAUUUCUUGAGUUCUUCUGUUCCCUCUCUGUGUCAAAGUGUUGCUGGUUUUAAAACAUCCCCCAGACCUUUUUGUUCACAGGACGUUUGUCUAAAGGAAGCAGCCCUUUGCGUUCCCCAUUUUUCUUUGCAGCCUGACAUAAGAGGCUCAGAUUAAAGGGAAGUGGUUCUGACUCGAGGUUUCUCUGUUCCCCAUUCCUUGCAGUGACUGCUCCAAGUUCACCUCUGAGCCCUCCAGUGUCUCCCGUGUUCCCACCUCCGGAGCCGUCAAGCAGCAAGAAUGGCGAGUGCACCGUUUGCUUUGACAACGAGGUGGACGUGGUGAUCUACACCUGUGGACACAUGUGCCUCUGCAACACCUGUGGUCUUAAGCUGAAGAAACAACUCAAUGCCUGCUGCCCAAUCUGCCGACGGGUCAUCAAAGACAUUAUUAAAAUCUACCGCCCUUAAACCCCAUUUCCAGCCGUCCUGAGGGUGUGUGUGGAGGGGGCGAGGGGGCAGGAGGAAGAAUGUUGUUACUCAUUGCCACAACUUACCGUCACCGCUUAUGGGUUAUUGUGCUGGUUACAGAGUGGCUCUUUUGUCUAUAUUUCCGUGUUUUGACCAGUAGGAACCAAUCAGGGAUAAUUAAGUGAUCUGGGAAACACUCUGGUCCUUGUAGAUGCUGAAGGUACAGCUGCUGAGUGGGAAGAGCUUCAUCAAGAUGCUGCUCUGCUGGGUUAAGGUGGGGGUGGGGGCAGGGGCUGAGCUGUAAGUACCUUUGCCAUGAGGAGUCUCUCCCCACCCAGCAAAAGAAAAUAAGACAGUGAACCCCACUUUGGGGGAAAGUACUGGAGAAAACAAUUGUUUGAAUUAAUAAUAAUAAUUCUGGGCACAUCCCCCCACCAUAAUCAUGGGAUAUUUACUGAAUUAGGCAGUUUAAUUACUGAAACAGCACUCUGGCGAUUUCAAACAGGGAUGAAUAUAUGGGGAAGAUUUAACAGAGGCACUGUGGAGUGAAAUGACUCCUGUCAUCUUGUAAAAAUUGUGGGGAAUAGGCAAUGGAUGACAUUUGCUUCCUUCAAGGCACUUUUUCUCAUUUAUGGUUCAACAGGGGAAGCAGGUAUGAGGAAUAGGGAAGAAAAAGCUAUCGAUGUCCUUGGAACACAGCAAGUAAACAAUCCCACUUUCCUCCUUUGUAAGUCACAGAUUGAAGCUUCCUGUUGCACUGAGCAACUGUGAAGCACUUCUGUAGCUGGAGAGUGUUAACGUAUUGGUAGGAGUAAGCCUCUGCAUGCACAAGAGAAGCAGAUUCUUGCAUGGCGGUUCUGAAUCGUCACAGAAAGUAACCAUGCUUAGAACCAAGCUACAAAGAAAGAAAGCUGAUGGGGGGACUGUUAGGUUUCAAAUGUCCAGAGUUCCCUCUCUUGAAAUUUGUGCAAACAGCUGAUGGAUGUUUUCCUCUAUUACUCCCCAGAGAUUUUGUCAGUAAAGUAUGCAGCCAUGUGGAAUCUCUCAUUUCUUCCUCUCCAGGAAGUUGUCAUCUACUCCACAAUAGAGGCAUCUUACUGAAAUUUAAAAGCCCUUUUCUUGGCAUUGUUUGUUGGAAAAAGAAUUUGCAAGCUAUUAUUAGAUGCUCCGGCUUUUAAGAUAAAUGCAUUUUGAUUGUGGUUAUAGGAACCUCUGAACUCUACACUAGCCUGAAUGGGAUGUGAAAUGUCUUGGGGCUUUAGGGGAGAGGUGCCAUGCAAGCAAUAAAGCAACUUUGCUUGACCUAUCCGCCGACCUAUCUCUUUCCUUGCUCAGUCUUUGUGUGGCAGCAUCCUGCUACAGUGCACACAACUGUAGUUGCCCAUAGGCAACCUGUCCCAUUGCCAUCUAAAAGCAGUAGAAUUUAUUCAGAGCAGGCUUUUUGCUGCUUCCACCUCAAUAGAGGCAUUCCAUUCCAUUGUGCAACAGAUGCUCUAAAGCUGUGAUCCUGAUGUUUUAUCUGAUUUAUGACGAGAUCCUAGGAUCUACUGUGGUAGAGCAGCUUGUAGGUCUUUCCAGGGCAGAAAUGCUUACUUGGAAGCCUGCUAGGAGCCAUUCUCAGCCCCAAUAUAUGGCUGCAUUCUUUUCCAUAAAACAGCUAUUCUGAGCCUAUGGGGCCCUUCUAGCAGGAAGAAGGCAGUUUUCCUUUUGGACAGCAUACUUUGAUAUGCUGUGCUGUCAAUAAGGGAAAUGUAAGCCAGUGCAAAUUUUGGCCAUAAAUGCCAAGGCAUGUGGAUCCCUUAGUGUGGAAAAUAAUACAUAGUUUAAGGUGGAAGACAGCAAUGGCUUUAGAGGGACAAAUUAUGUUUAGGGAAUACGGAGUGCUUUGUAGACAAAAAUGUGUGGACUAAGCUUCUCAUAGUCCUUUGAGCAACAUGGUAGCUGUACCUCAUUGGGUAGCUGAGCCUCUCUUCUCCUCUGUCUUUAGUUUAAAUGCUUUUCUAACCUUUAGCUCCUGGCAAAGUUGCUGUACUAGCAUCGUUUGUGGGCUGCACUGGAAGCCAAUGAAUGCCAAUGACACAAUCCUAGCAGUCUUAAAUUGCCACUGGCUACAGUUACAUAUUGCAUAAGGAAAGGCAUCAAACAAGACAGAUAAGUUUCCAUUUUCUUUAAGGUGCAGAUAAUAUCUUUGUCAACAGGAAAGCCUGUUUCUUUUCCAUUUUAGAGUGGUUUGGGACAACACUGUGGUGCGUGAUCACUUCCAGUAACUUUACAAUAGUUUUGAGUAUCCUAAUUACCAUACGGAAAUGUGAAGGGCAGCGAGGUUAGUUUAAAAAUGCCAUCAGUUACUCUAUAAACAACUUUUGCCUACAUGGAAUGCAACUGCUUUGUGAUGAGAUGAGUAACUGAGGCCUCCUAAAACCAAACAGGAGUCCUAGUCAGUGAUUAAGAAUCUCCAUGAGCAUUUACAUUUAAUUUUUGCACCGUCAGCUGUAGUCUAUAACCAUGGAGGAGACAAUUAAUAAGGUGAUUCCAGGUUCUUGAAUCCACUUUAAAGAGUGGAUCUUUGCAUUUCUUGACCUCCACAAUCAGCUUUUGCUGGUGUCAGCUUCUGACCCUGUUGUGCAUGUUAAUGAUGGACAGCUGAAAAGUUUAGCGGGCAAAGGAGAUGCGAUGCUUGAAUUGAGAAAGGGAGCAGAUUUAACUUGGGCUACUAGUUGCACAAUAAUAUGUUAAAAAGCAGAGAGAAAGGGCAAAGCCACUCAGCUGAUUGCAAUUAUUUAAUCACCUGCUAAGUUAAUUGCCAUUGUUGGCACUGCUGUCAAGCUCUGUGCACGAAAGGCAGAUCCUCCAAAAGUUAUUUUUCACCAUGCAGCUGUCUAUUUGCUGUUAAUACUUCAUAGAGAUACUUGUGUAAAGCAAAACUUCUUACCUUCUUAUUAUGAAGCUGAGUCAAGCCAGCAACAUGGAAGGGGCUGCCCACUUACUGACAUGUGUUCCAAGGGGGUCUUUCCGCUCACUCUAUUUCAGGUGCUGCUAGCUGCGCAUGACCACAGUGCCAGAUGUUUGCUGGGGACAAGGCAUGAAUAUAUUCCUAGCAUUUCAAUUCCAUCCUCAAUUCCAUCCUGCUUACUUAAGAUGCCACUGAGCGACAUAACUAUGAAUCAGAGUUAAUUUGAAUGAAAUUAUUUGUCGUAGCUGCCAUCACUGCAGCUAGAGUUAAGCUCUGGAGAAGCUUACCAGAAAGAAGUCAACAAAUUUACAUUUUUGCAGAGAUGUAAUUCUAAGGAAGGGUGACCAUUUUUGUAGUCAGUGGGUUUGCUGAUCAGUACUGAUCACUACCUUCCAUUCUACUCCCAACUCCCUGUGUAACGGGAUUGGAUUGUUCCCACCCCCUUUUAAAGUGCUGUAAUUUUGGUAAAACUCUGCCAGCUGCUGUGUCAUAGCAAAGCGCCCCUGAGCAUUGCCCUUAGAUACCUUUGGGCUAGAACUAGUUUCCAAACAGCAAGCCUAUACACCACAUACACCUGGCAGUAAGUCCCAAUAGUCUCAAUGGAGCUUACUUCUGCAUUGACAAGUUGUGCUACAAGCGAUCUUGGAAAGGUGUGCCUUUUUACUUUACUAGCUUCCAACUGCAAUGGUAUUUUGAAAAAGAAAUUUGUAGACCUAUGAUAGUUCAAAAUAAGUGGAGGAAAAGACAUACGGUGUUUAAUCUUUUCUGUUGGGAACAGACUGACCAAAAGGAGCAGCAUCUGACAUGGGCUUCAUUAGGCAGAGUUAAGUCCACAGCCUAAGUGUUGCUGUGAAGCAAGCUGGGGAAGCAGCGUUAAUGGACAUGCAGCUUUACUUAUUCCAGUCUCACAAGGAAUUCUCAAACUCUGACAGACAACUUUUAGGAAGUAGAGGCUAUUUAGCAACUUGUUCUUGCUAUUGCUUUUUUUGUUUUGUUUUGAGAAAAGUAUCUGUUCAGAAGAUCUGUUUGUGCCUUAUAAGGUGUCUGUGCACUUUUUAUCCUUUUUAAUGCUACUUUUAAAAAUGGAGAGAAAAAAAGACCCUAAUCGAUGGUUGGUAGUUUUUAUAGAAUUUUAUGUGUUCACCAAGAACUUUGCUCUUUUUUUAUAUUGGAGUGAAAAUUUUAUGUUUUAAUUGAAACUUUGCUGCCGUCCUCCUCCCCAUCUCCUCUUUGUAUAAAAGCUUUUUAAAAAGUUUUGAGAUUUCUGAAACUUCUUGAUAUUUUUCUGGUUCAUGACAGUGAUCUGUAUAUCACAUUCUCAAACAAGCCAGAUUUUAAUCUCUCUGUAAUAGAACUUUCAAUGCAGAUUCUUUGGGGAGGGAAGUUUGCACUUCUCUACAUGUUAAUACUCUCUAGCAUUGUGAUCUGUAGUGUGUGUGUAUGUUUUUUAUUUUGUUCUGUUUUACAUUAAUAUAAAAUUUUACCUGUUUUAUGAAACAAAAUGUUGGCUUGUAAAAUAUUCCCACCGGCCUGAAGUGGAAAAAAUGGUAAAAGCAGAGAGCAUGUCUGUUAUAGGCUUUAGAAGCAGGUCCUUGCAACCUGAAACUUCUUUGAUGGCUCUUGCCCAGACCUUUCACCUUCAAUAAACAGGGAUUUGCUGCUUAA